GCCACAGAGGAAGCAGCCAUCCAGCACACACACACACCCACACCCACACACACGCAGCAGAGUGCACCGAGAGUUCAAGAGCGCGAGUGUGCGUUCUAACUACAAUUAAGAGGAGUGGAAGUAUCAUUUUGGGGGAGAUUUCUGUUGAUUCAUCCACUUUACUCUGGGUCGGGACGCGGUUGCGCGGGUGUCACAGAGUUUUUUCGUGACUUUUCUGGUUGAGUCAGCCAAUUAAAGGAGAGUGACGCAGCGGUCCAUGUGCGUGCGAGAGAGGAGACAGCUGGAUGCACAGGUAGGACCAGACACGACAAAACACCAGCAAAUACAUGACAAAUAUUCACCAGUUUGUUCAAGACUUAGCUACAACUUUCUAUUGCCUACAUUGCAGCUUGAGUAGAUGUACCUUCUGUAGUUUCCCAUCUGUUGCAUUAUUAAAAUCAAGCUUAACGAAGCUGUACGGUCUUUACCAGCCUUGAAGUUAUUAAAUAGGGUUUAUUUACAUGAAGGAUAUACAGGAGGACACCGACAUUUUUCAUCAGACUUUUUUGCUUUAAGUUUGCAGAAUUGUGUCUCUGGCUUUCUUAAAUCAGCAUUUGUCUUUGAUAUGACAUUCCUGUUAUGAAGCCUGUAUUUGAUAUUGAGUAUGAGUCCUCUAACUAAUAGUUAUGUGGGAGUAAAAUAUCUUGAAUUCAGCUUUUGAAAAAGUGUCUUUGACCCCUUAGAAAACCCUGUGGAAAAAAUGAUGUGUUCCUAACUUUAAAAACCACACAGUGCGGUCUGAAAGACACAUGUAAUCCCUUUAAAAGAAUGCAAUAAAUAAUCUUCAUAUAACAGUGUUGUUCUUAGGCAGGGAUGAUGUGUUUCUCAACUGUGCAAACUAGAUUGGGCUAAGAAGCGCAUUAAAAGUAUUAAUCUUUCCAUUUUAUACAGCUGUACGUAAAAUUGUGGAGUUGCAUUAAGUUCAAUUUUUAAAACAUUUAUACAUUUCUGGUGGUAUUUACAAUGUUUACAAGAAGUUAUUGAACAGAAGAUGUUUGACUUACAGUAAAAAUGAGUCCAAAUAUUCUCAAACUAAAACCAACUUGGCUCACUUCCAACAACUUUUAUGUUGCUUUUACGCAGUAUAUUCAACAUGUUCCUAUGAAUAUUUUGCUCUAUUUAUUUGUAGAUUUUAUUGGUUAAAAUUCCCCAUCAUGUGUCUCACUAUCUUGCUGUUUCUCUUAUAUGUAUUUCUAACAUUCAUAAAGACCAACCAUGCACUGACUCUGAAGGUAUACUGAGCUCCCUACGAGGAAAUGAAGUUGAGGGAGUGGCAGGACAGACUUAAAGGUUGGAUUUAUUUGGAAUUGUUUUCGGGAGCGGUGAUACUAGGGAAAACAAAGAUUGAUGUUCUGCACCACAGAAAGACAAGUCAUAAAAUGCCUGAUUUUUCUCCUCCGGUUAAUUAGUGGGUAUCUUGGUGGAGUCUGCUGGGUGUGCUGAAGGAGACUGCUGCAAAAAACACAAGCACUUACAGGUUUUCUGCAGAUGCAGCUUCUGAAAUCAAAGCCCUGAGAGCUGUACUUUGUGUGCUUAGGAGACUUUCAUGAAGUGACACCACGCUUUGAAGAUGAAACUUUGCCUUAAUCUCAUGUCUGUGACUUUGGAUUUGGUAAUUAUAUAUACUGUAAGACUCAAUGAAGGGAUUUAGACAGUUGUGUGGCUGAGUUUGUUCACUGUUUUAGUUGCAUCGGCUAUAGAAAGUGUGGAGCCUCCUGUGUGCUGUGAUUUCCUCCUGUUCUUUAUGGCAUGUUGACACACACAGCAUCAUACUCAGCUGUGUUUUGAGUGGCCUACAGUACUGAUCCUGUGCUCCGAGGCAGUCUGACACAGCUCAUGCUUAGGCUCUUUUCUGGACAGUGAUGAAAACUAAAAACUAAUUGAAUGCUUUCUCAAUACUCAACAGGAUUUGGGUGAAAGUGUUAUUAAAACAUACUUGUAGCCAUGCUGCACACUAGCCAAGCCUUUUAUGGUCAUGUCUCCAGAAUCCCUCUGCGCAGACAGACAAAGCUGCUCAGCCACCUUUUGUGCAGUGCUGAUGUUAGUGUGUUUAGAGAGUCUACAACAGCUAGGUGCCAAUGACUUGCAGACAGACGGCUUGGCUAGGUUGGCCUGCCCUGCAGCUCCGAGGCCUCUGUGCUUCCUCUGUCUGUACUGAGCUGUAUUGAAGCCAGCACGGAGGUAACCACAUUAGUAAAUCCUUCCCAGGACUGAGGAAGAACAAUAGAGCCCACUUUCUACAUCUCUGGAAGACUAAUACUCUUAAGAGGAGCUGAUGCAUAGCAUGCUUGGGUGUACCCCUGUAUCCUCAGGCCACUAGGAGACAAGUGAGAGCACUCCUGACUGUCACUCAAUGUUUUCAUAUCCUCUUGCUCCCAUCUGCCCACCAAGCAAUGGUAUUAGCUUACACAUGCACAUAUGCUCAUGCAUGAAGCCACAUGCACACUCAGUGCUGUAUGCCCGGGUCAUGACUCAUUCAGCACAUGUAGUGGUACUUGUUUUGUUGUCCCUUAUCGACAGACCUAUCUGCAUGUUUUUCUAUGUGUUGUUGUCUCAGUUGCACAGAUGCUUCUUGGUUUCGAAUAGUCCCUCCUCUUUGUUUCCACUUGUUUAUCUGUUUCCAUUCUCUCCAUUGAGAGAGAGAGUUACACUGCAGAUCCAGUAUCACUUCUCCCUAACACUCUGCCACUUCGCAGCAGUAGAAGAGCAGGCGAGUCUCAAACAGAGGUAGCACUAUGAUUUCAGUCAGUCAAUCAGUUUUAUAUGUGCUGCCCCAAAUCGAAAGUUAUCUCAUUGUACCUUCCUUAUAGAGCCAGUUUAGACUGUUCAACUUAGAAUAUAUCCUGGAGAGGUCUACACUUACUCCAUAAAUGGGCAUACUGUGUGUAACAGUGGUGAGAGACUGCUUGUUUUAACAGGCAGCAAGCUCAAACGGAACCAGACUCCAUGGUGGUCAGCCAUCUGUCCAAACUGGAUAUGCUGAAAAAAAGUUAGAUAGAGGAGACAGAAAGAGUCUGUUUGUCUUUAUUUUUGUCUUUGGUGUAUCUUGUUACCUUGCCAGUAGUUGCCCUAAGUAUUGUCUUACCAGUGUUUUCAGCAAACAGCAUGAGGAAGAUCAGGAGGGACGAAAUGUAGACAGACAGGACCUCAGGGCUGGAAUUUUAUCCAUCUCCUUUGGGUUUUCCCCAAAGACAUACUCUAUACUUCCAAAACGGAAGGAAUUCAACUGGAAUGUCCUCUGGUCCUGGCAAUCCAUUUCAUUGGUUUUCCACUUAGAGGUUUAAAGCCAAAUGCAAUUGUUAUGAGAAGUCUGUGAGCUGUUGUGGCUUCACUUAUAUGAUGCAAAGGGUUGGUGGUAAAUGGUUUGUGUGAAGAGAAACUUUAGCUAAUCCCUCUAACUAGGGCAGUAGGUUUUACUGUCAGGGCUGUUGCUGAGUUGUGUGAGUAGGUGCUUUUUAAAACUGCCUCUAGUUUUCAGAUGUAUAGGAUUUAUUAGAGAGGGAACUGCUGCAGGUGAUACAGACGUUCCUAAUAGCUAAGGGAUCAAGUGUUCUGCUUCAUGGGAGGUAUCAGGUAACAUUUUUUGAGCUAUGCAAUCUUUCCUUAUUUAGAAGUAAGUUAGUUUAAUUUAAUCUUUUCAACUUAAGCCCAUCACAUCUUUAUCCCAAUCUGAGCGUAAGGGGAUACUUAUUUUGCUUUCAUUCUACUUCUGAUAUGUAAUUUCCCAAGAGAUCCGCUUGCCAUAUGUUACACACAGAUAAGUUGAGGGUAAAAUCCAAAAUGAAGCUGAUAAUGUUUACUUUAUAACCAGAGUAAACAAAUGAAAAUGAAGGAAAGGGCGAUUAUGAUUCUUUUUGAAUGGCCCAAAAAACUGAAGUAUAUGUAGGUUAUGGUUUUUGAUCUCAGUCCAGAAUAAUCUUACAUCCCUACAGGGAUCACAUGUUUCAUAUUUACCACAGCAGUUCAUUCUCAGUGUACAGUUAAACACAGUGAGAUCUGCACUAAAUAAGUCAUGUUAACAUUGUUAAGCUAAAUGGUUCUGACAGGAGCUGGGAGAUAUAUUGACGUUGGAACCUUCAAAUUUAUAAUACCUGUUUUUAUUAGUAGCCUGUGGACGUGGAGCUGACAGUUGUUUUCUUUUAGCUUGUCAUGAAAAGUGAAAUAAAAUGCCCUCUCUCUGAAGUAUACGCUGUGUAACAGUGCCAAAACACAAAGAAAAAGAGUGGUGCUAGUCUGUGUUUGAACAGUGCUGUGUUUCCUUCUUUAUUGCCAUCUUUAACUUGAGUUAUAGCUACUGGAGCAACUUAAAAACCCAACGCUCCUUGUAUAUUCUUUAUAGUUUGUAUGCAGUGAAAACACAAACAGUGUGGUUGUCCUGUAUUUUCCUUGUGAGACAUGAACUCACGCAGCCUCACUUGGGAGUUACAUGCUUUCUUUAAUGCAAUGUGAAAAAAGAUGAUUGACUGUAGCCAAGAAAAACAACUAAUGUCCCGAGAGUUUGAAACAAUUACCUAUGUUGUUCUGCCAGGUCAGUGCCUGUGGCCAGGGAAUAAAGACAAAUAACUGCACUAAUGCACUCUGUCCUGUGGAGAUGGAGGGUUUGAUAAUAGAGUGCUCUGCAGGACACCUGGGUGCCGCUAAAUGCCUCAUUAGGGGUGGCCUCUGUGUUUGAAUGCCCAUGGCCGAAGCACUUCUUCACCAUCUGCUCCAUCCUCAUGUCUGUAACCUCUCCUGGGAAUAUCGUGUCUUUUAAAAGUUCAAUUUCACAAAACUUCAAGUGCAGCGUUUCACAGUUUUAAUUUUGCAUCCUUAUCCUUCGCUGAUCUAAUUUGAUUUUGGCUUCAAACUCGAACAAGGCAAUAUAUUUGACGAGCUGACAUAUAUGAGAUCCUGUAUGGCUGAGAUCAGAGGCCAGCAGCACCAUAUCGGCUGCUGGCUUUAAAUCUGUCACCAUCACCAUCAGGGUUGUUUCCCAUCACCCCCUGCACCGUGUGCCGGCCAUGCUGCCAAAGACAACAGGGACUCUAGCAGCCAGGAAACAGGGGUGUUAGCAUAACCCACAUGGCACAAGCUGUCUGUUUCUUCUCUUUUACACUUUUCUCUUUUUUAAGCUCUAUCUCUCUUUCCAUCUCUAUUAACCGCCCCUCUGUAAGUAUUGACUUACUAGCAACACAUUGUGUCUUUCUCUGUGUGUGACAAUCUGCUCUUGUCAUCCAACUCUCACCAGAUGACAAGGUUUUUAUGCCCUUUUUUUUCUCCUUUUAUCUGGCGUGCUGCAUGGGUUUCUAUUCCUAAUAGAUGUGGGCACUCAAGCUGAGACGUGCAUUACUCAAACACCACUCAUAAGAUUGAAGUCAUGUCACCGCUCCCUUGAAGAAAGUGUAGUGAAGGUGAACCCCACCAUUUGCACUAUCACUGUCACACACAGACGGCACAGAUUUUAAGCUUCACACUUCCUCACUCUCUUUCCUUGGUGCUCAUCCAUCACUCACAGCUCUAUAUCUGUAUUUCUAACCCCGAAGGUGUGAAGGUGCUUAAAUUUGUCAUCUUGAAUAAGCAGGAGUGUGUUUAUCAGGGUCUAAUCCUCUCUGGUUUGAAGCUACAGAACACUGAGAUGGGUGCCACUCUGUGCUGGUUUAAUCAUUACUGUGUUUUCUCUGGGGUUCAACUGGUUCAAUCGCUCCAAGCAACAUGCUUUGUUUCAGUGUUUGGGAUGUGUGGGGUGCUCUGGAUCAAUUAAUCUGAGUCAACGCUGUUUACAUUGAAACAAGACAGGCUGAAGUGUGUUAUCUGAGACGAGUGGCAGGAAGGUGUAGCUGUAGCAAUCUGGUCUUUUGGGCGGGAGGCAAACUGAUAAAUUUCUUCAUCGAUCACUUAGUUGGUAGUCAGGCGGCUGUUGAAAAUGUGUGGGUUUGAAAACACUCUCAAAGCUUAUUUGGGGAGGUGAGAAAUGCGAUUAAGGAUAGGGUGACAAUGCUUUAAAAAUGCAUUUCAAGCAACCACUUUGUGAAACGGUCUUUUUUUUUUUGUUCCCAAAACAACAACAAACUUAAUAAAACAAAUUUAAUGCAGUACCAUCGAGAGCUACUCAUGGGUUUCGGUCACGUUGCUACCAUCUUUAGAGCUGAGCACCAUCAGCCGGCUUGUGCUUUCAAUGCCCGGUUCUAGAGAAAAUCCUGUCUCGGAUAAAAACACUAAUCUUUCUGCUGCUAAUAAUGAAACUAACACUACUUAGAAAAGUAAGAUAUCAGGGUUUGGAGAGUUUUUAACCACCAUUUUAACCUGGUGGUUCACCAAUCAGACUCUGAAUGGUGCUGGAAUUUUUUUCCCCACUAUCUUUGUACCCUGUUUACAGUCCAUAACAGUCCCUCAUGACAAUAAAGAGCUCUGAGGAUUACCGCUACUUUACUGCAGGAUGGAAAAAUGAUCCUCAAGUUUAUCUUGUGAGAUGGAGAAACACUCAUUUAUCAGAAGGAAGGAUAGGAAAUUGCUCGAAGGUUUAACUCAUGUUUAUGAUCAUGCCACUCACUAGAUUGUCAUUUAAACUUGACGUUAUGUGAACUAGUGUAAUAACAGUUAAGGUUGAAAAAAAUGCCAGCUGCCAAAAAUGAUGUUGUUUUUUGGUAGAUCUUAAACAAUAUGGGUUAAGAUAUAUUUUUUAUCUGAAAGUUUAAGACAAUGGACAGAAACCCCAAAGUAAAAUUGCAUGAAUUAAUAUUGAUUUAAUAUUAAAUAUUUAUUAUUAUCAUUGUUACAAUAUAAAUUCAUACAAUUGGAAUGCCUCAAUUUUAGUGAGGUUAGUACACAGUCAUAGCCAUCAACGCAAUGGUACUAAUAUUUGGCAUAAUAAUUUCUUUCGGUGAUUCCAUUUUUAGGCCUUAGUUUCCUCAUUUUCGGUUUUAGGUUUGGGCCAACAAUUUUCGUUUCAGUGCAUCCCUGAUUUAAAUGUUAAAGUUACGGUGCUAAAAUUAAACCAGUUUGUGCCACUGUAAUUCCAGUCUGUCCCAUGUCUAAUAAGUGCACAUCACUCAAGUUCUUCUUGCUUGUUAGUAACAGAAAAGCCCAGCAAGUCUUCCCAUGACUGUUUCCUCAUACGCCUCACUUUUCAUUCAAAGUGAAUUAAUGUCUGUGCUUCAAGCCUCUUUAACGCACUGUGAGUCCUAACAAGGACACGGUCAAUUUAUUACGGGACAUAAAGAGAGAGCUGACAGGGUCAUCCGCCAAUUCUAAAACUAUUGGCAAGUAUCAUUUAGCUGAAGAAUCAAAUGAGUUAUCCCAGUCAAAAGAUGACAGAGGAGAGAGGGACACUGAAAGAGGGCAUGGCGGGGUGAAAGAUAGCAGAAUGUGAGUGUUUUGUUAGCCUGACCUUUGUUUUGGGCAAACAGAUUUAAAGUCGACACAAAGGGAAAAGGCAGUGACGGGCAACAGCUGAUGUAUGAUGGGUAAAGAGAGGGGACAUGCCUGCAGGGCUCCAUGGUGAAAUAGCUCAAUAGUCCUAACACAAACCUGUAUGCACAUCCUGGGAGAAGUUAGAUGAGACUGCACACACACUCAUACACACUCAUGCACACCCACACCCAAACACACACACACACAUGAUUGCUCCUCCCUAGCUUAACUCUCUUCUCGGGUCUCCCUCCAGGGUUUGCAGAGAAGGACAGAGUAAAAGGGAACAAGAUCACUCCACGCACCAUGAAGGAAGAAGACUCUUUUAAUCAAAGUCUGGAUGAAGUUGGGGCUCCAUGCUGCAUGUCUGGAAGUAAUUAUGGUAGUAAGGGGAAGAGGAUUAAGGUACAGUCCCAUCCAGGGGUCCCAUUAGUGGGAUUGAUGCUGCUGGCUACCCUCCCUUUUGGAGCGAGCAUCAAACAGAGUGUCCCCAGGGUCACACUCAGCCACAGAGGUAAGAAGUGAAAUAUUUCUGAUUUUUCUGUUAAAUUAUGGUUGUUUUACGUUUUUUUAAUGUACUUAAAAACUUCUAUAUUUGUGUCCAUGAUAGUUAGCGAGUAAAAUGAAGUCAUCCUGAAAUUUUUACAUCAAGCAGACAUCAUACAUCAUGGUGCACUUGCCCUCGCUGGGGUUAUAUUUACAGUGACACAUGAUGUACGACUACUUUGACCCACCUGAUUCCCUUAAAUUUUCUUCCCUUAAUCCCAUUUGCUGUUCAUAUUUCAGCCAUUCAUACAUCCUGAUGAUUUGUCUUUCUCUCCAAUGUUCUGUCUCCACUCGUCUCUAUUUCUCUUGUGGCUUUGUGCACACAGCCAAGAGGAAAAAUAAAGAGGGAUUAGUGGACUCAGUUGCACUGUUAAAAUAAAUGGUCUCUAAAACACCACUGUAAAGUGUGAGUACAGUGAGAGAUUUGAGACACACUUACUAAUCUAACUCAGUCGUUUAGUUUGUCACAUUUGAUGGGCAACAGAGCAGUUUUAGUGAAACAAGAAUACCAUGUCUUAAAUCUGUUACUGACAUAUCCUAUUACAUUAACCUUCAGUAAGUUUGAUGAAGAAUAAAUGCAGUUGUGUCUUAUAUGUACUCCACAUCUAGAGGACACUGAAUCUCUUGUGUAUACAUCAGCCAGUCCCUUCACUGAGCGUCCUUGCGCUCAGUUUUGCAUUUACUUAGUCUAUUUGCUUUGUGCCACUGGAGGAAAGCAAAAUUAUUGCUCCCCUUAAAACCCGUUCUACACUUCAGUGCAAACUUGACUUCAAAGUCUCCAUCCCUCAUGCUAUGUAUCUUCCACAAAGAACCACACAAAUGAACUUCAGUCGUGCUCCAUAAAAGUGAAUCCCCACUGUGACCUAAAAGUAAACUUGCAAUGACUCGUACUUCUGAGAGCUCUCCUCUGGUCAAAGGCUUCCAAAUCCCAGUAUGGCUGCAAACAGACAUAUGUCAUGUGUGUCCUGGGUUUCCAACAUAAAUACAUGAAAGUAGCUGCAGAAGAAAUGAUUGCUGGGGACAGUGUUUACUCGGCAUACUCGGCUAGUAUGAAGCUCUACACUUCGUCUGAUUGUAUGUUUGUUCCAGAGCAACCAGCAGAUAAAACAAAGCAGUUCAUCAUCUCACACAUGACUGCAUUUUAAUGAGGUCACAAAUUUGGGACAGAUUUUUUUUAAACCCUGUCAGGGUGUGUCUCUUGGCUUUGACUGAGCACUGCUGACAAAACUUUACAGUUCAUUCAGGAGGACAAUUGUCUGACCAUGUGUUGGUUUCCGUUGGAUCUCCAAUUAAAAACAGUAGAACAUUGUCCAUCUUUGGUCCUUUCAGACCGAAUGACUGAAACAUAAGAGAAACAAUCAAAGAAAAAAUCACCUCCAACCCACUGCACACAUCAUGCACACAUCAUGUCAUCAUCUCAUCAACACACACGCUUCAAAAGCAACAGCAGCCAGCAGUGCUCACUCUUCAAACAUCACUUCAGAUCGGCCCUCUGUGAAAAGCACGGCUUCAGUGAGUGAGGAGGGAAACGAUCAAAGAGAAAUCAUUCCUGUUUGAGUGAACACCUCCAAAACAACUACUCUUCACUCCAAACUUGUAGAUUUUCCUCUGAAAAACAAACCGUAAGGCACAGGUUCAAGUUUCACCCAGGGUCAGACCGCAGACAUGUGGCCUCCUGCCAAGUUAAAAGCAUAAUCAUAAGGGUUCUGGCAUAGUUUUAAUAUCCUACACAUACAGAUUGGUAUUAUGCCCCUUAUUCUUGAGUUCCACCGCAUGCAUUCUCCUCAUAGUUUUGUGGCUUAUUUAAUUAAAAGCAACAGUUUGUUGAUUAUUACUCUUGAAAGACAAUCUACAGAGCGUAUUUCUUCUACUUGUUAACAGUUGCUUGAUACUUAAUCUCCAUUCUAUUGGAAAAUAAGCUUAGAAACAAGAUACCAAAACAUAUUUGUGACUGCACAUGUGCUCUUAGAUUCUCAUGGCCAUUGCUGUUUGUUUAACAUGUCUAACUGGCUGUGACGUCUCUGAAACCGCAUUCAGAACAUCCUACGCUGCAUAUUGAUGUCAGACUGACGCUGCAGAGAGACACUGACCUCAUCUCAGCUAGCUUACAUGUAGCGUACAGUCACCAGUUUGACUUAUUCAUGCUAAGAUGAUUUCACUUUUCCACCUGCAAGUAAAUCCAGACCCGUCGCAUUUUUGUUUCUUUUCCAUUUCUUGCUCUUGCUUGAUCCUCUCUGUCUUUGGUCAAAGCAUUAGCUCACUCAUCGUAAUUUAGGUGGCUUAGAAGUCUGAAAAGUAGGUUUUAAAGUAUUACACAGUUUGGAUUUACUCCAUCAUUGGAGUCUGAACUUUUUUUGGUAGCGAGCCAGCGCAGUAACAUCUUACUCAAACAGUGCUCCGUGGUGGAGCUCCAGCAGUGAAGCUAAUCAGGGGUGGUUUAGCUGUUUGAAGGCCCUCUCUUUUGCAGAAAGGUCUGGCGCUCUGUGUGAAGUGGCAACAGCUAAGCAGGCUGCUUGAAUGGCCUCACAGUGCAGCCUGUUUACAGAACCGAUUAGCGUUAGCUCAGGGCUAGCAGGCCUAAUCUCUCUGUAGGGUUUAGUCUGCAUGGGGCAUGAUGUAUGUGUGGGAGAUAUGUGCAUGUGUGGGGGGCCCGAGUGUGUGUGUGUGAGCUUGUGUAUAGGAGGAGGUAUUAAGUAGGAUUGCGUGGUGUGGAGGGCUCCUUGAAGUUCAAAUAUUGAAGGUUGGUAACCUCUCCAAUCCUUCACACCAAGAGGGUAAUCACAAUGUCAAUCCUUUCAGAGUGACUCCCACAGGACUCCCCCGCAUUGAGCCUGUGUUUAUCCAGGGCAUGUUGCUAUACUGGAGCAGUGAAAAGAAGCUGGUGAUAGAGGAGAUUUCCUCCAGAUCAGCCAGAUCAAGGACACAAUAGUCAACUGAAAAUGCAGUCCGUCUUCAGCUCCUUGAAAGAGAGAACAAAAUGGAUCAUAUUUUACUUUUUGAAAACGCAGUGAACAGUAAAUUAAAUUCUUUAAAAACUGUUUAUCCAAAAUGUUGCCGCUCUGUUGUGGUUAAAGAUGCAGAACAUCACAGCAAGUUUUACAAAAUACAUGAAAUCAACUGUAUCAUCUUCAUGGCCAAUGGGAUAGUUGUGAAAAUACCCUCAUAAUGAUAUCUGAUAACGCAUACACUAAAAUACUACAGUUCUCAGCCACUGUGUCUCCUCUCUAUCAGCAUCUCUGGCGAAAGGUGUUAAACCACAGAGGAUUAAACAGCUUCACGUCAAGCCAAGUUGCAUUUUUGCUCUGAAAGAGGAAACCCAGCGCUUGUUUUGGGGAUUUUUUUCUAUCAUGAGUGGUCUUGAGAGAAUAACAAAGCUUGACAGAGUAAUCUUAUCAAAAUAUCAGCAUAACUGUUAUUCAGGAUAUUGGAAAUGUGCUGCAGAGAUUUAUUAAUCUCUUUCUCUCUCUGUCUGUUGCGCUCGCUUGACUAGAACUGCUGCAAGCCGGCAGCCUGUCUCUGUUUUUAGGCCCCGCUGAUGGCCUGCACUCCCAUUCUCUGCUACUGGACGAGGAGAGAGGUCGUCUUCUUUUUGGAGCCCGGGAUCACAUCUACUUGCUUGACCCUGACAAUUUGGCCAGAGACCCCAGAAAGGUACGUGAAGCUGUUAGAGUGAACAAUCACAUCUUGGUUUUUAGGGCGACACAAACAAGGUCAAAACUGAGUUUGGUGUGAUAGAGUAAUCUGGUGGUAUUUUGUAAUGUCGCUAUUUGGGCCAUUUACUCCACUUGAAGGGUUGUUUAGGUAGACUUUGGAGUGUUUACAGCAGUUUCAAGACUCUCCACACCCUGUGAGGUUAGCCCUGGAAGAAAUUCAAGUUCGAACAGGAGACAGAGUAUCUUCCCCACACAGCAGUCCCCAGACAUGCGAACUCAGGCUUGGAGUCACUUGAGACAUGCUAAUAACCUCUGUUAUUUACUGGGUUUAGCUCAUUAUUAAAGAGACACUCAUUUAGCUCAGUCUCAGAGCACUUACAUACCUGUCUCUCCAUUAAGUCGGGUGAUGUAAGCUAUUUUCCUCCAUUACAGCGUGGUGUUUCUGAGCUGAAAUGCACUCAGCCUUGUUUUGUUUUAUUGAAGAGCUCCUCUCUCAGUCAACAGCAGUCUGAAAGUGUCUGUCUGGUAGGGUCAGGGCCAUCUCGUCGGAGGGCACACGCACACACGAACACAUUUGCGGUGUGAGUGCACGCUCGUGCUCAAACAUAAACACAAGCACACAAAUGCACUUGGACUGAUGCCAUAUGUUGAAGUUUGUAGAUGUGAGUGUGUGUUUAUGCAGCUGAGGUUGAUACUGAAGAGGGGGGGGACUGUGUGUUUAUUUGAUUUUUAUCUGGUUGUUUUAACUCUCUGUCUCGCUCUCAAAGUGUUGCCUUUCUGUUGCUUCUCCGGUCAUUGAUACUGAUGCCAUGAAGAUAUGAACCUAAAAGUCCUGCUCUCUCUGUCUGCUGGAGCUGGCCCGUGACAGUGAAUGUGAUCUAGAAGCACAAGCUCUGUGUUUAUUAGCUAACGAAGAGGCAUACCUGAAAAAGAGACCCUGGGGCACUUCGACACACUCAAAUAUACCGCUCUCAGGCAUUCCAGCUGUUCCUACCUUGAUUUUACUGAGAUAGGUGCUUCAUUAAAAACAUUUUCCGCAGUCUUUGAAUACUUAAGUUUGCUGUGGUGAAACUAGGCCACUGACCGUCUCUUAUUUCAACAUUUGAAAACCCCAAAUUUCAUAGGCCACUCACACAUCACACUGCACAAUGCUUUUCUCUACGAAUUCCUCAGCGGCAGCUAUGAUUUGAAAUAAUGAGAUGUUUCAAUAAUUGCUCUGAUGCAUUUACAUGCGUAUCCUGCCUCUGUUGACCCAUGAGUAAGUCUGGCGAUAGCUCUCCGUGGUAGGAUUUAGGCGAGGUAACAGGCUAAGCACAUAAGCCUGUUAUAACACAUGUGUGAACAUAGACGGUGGGGUACAUCGAGGGGAUGCUAGAUGUUAUACCCGUACCAGCACCGAGAGGAGUCAGUUAUCGCAUUAUUGGGAUCAGUUCUUUGAUAAUCCUCAUGGUGUUUUAGAGAGACAUGGAGGGAAAAUUUUGCAGAAAGUCUUUUUUUGAACAAAACACUCUAAAAUAUUGAAUACUGGAACUCAAAAAUUGGACAUUACACAGCAUCCCUUGUUAAUUUUGGGUGGACCUUAGUUGUAAAAGGAAAUCCAGCCUGAGUACCAGAGUUGAGGAGCCCCAUUCUCUCAUCACUAUAAAGGAGCUUCUGCAGGAUUUGAGCUGCACUCAGGCUCCUAUUAGUUUUGGGGUCAGGAACUUUGUCAGUGGUACCUUUAAGUGCUCCAUAAAAUUUUAUAUUGUUUCUACAGAGCACUGGUACUUUGGUUAAAGUAACCAAAGUAUCAUACAGUUUUAUUUCAGGAAUUGUGAUUCUAGCUAAUAAAUUUUGAAUAAAUUGGAGCGACUAUUUUAUUAGCUUUACCAGGUGUGUAGUAGAGUAUGACUCCCUGGAUGUUGUUUGUAGAUAAAGUCCUCACCUUAAGAUGUAAAUUAUUGCCAGAUACAAUUAGAAAAUAAGCUUAUUGUGGCUAUGAAAUGCUUUGUGAUGAGAUUUGAAUAUAAACCACCUUUAGAUUCACUGGCCUGCUCCCCGGGACCGAGUGGAAAUGUGCAGACUGGCGGGCAAAAAUGCAAAUGUAAGUACUCCUGAGGACUUAUGGUUCUGGACAAAACCCUCACAUAGAUUCUUACGGUACUGUUUCUUAAUGUACAGUACACUCCCAUGUAUCAGACUCAGUGUAAUCCUUCAUCUUUGCUCUUUUUCUGCCCCCGCUGUGCUAGUUGGAAUGUGCUAACUUUAUCAGGGUCCUUCACAACUAUAAUCGCACACAUGUCUAUGCUUGUGGAACUGGAGCCUUCCACCCCAGCUGUGCUUUUGUUGAAGUCUCUGGACGCAGAGAGGUAAAGUGAAUAUAGGUCUGCAAAACUGAGCAGAAAUGGUUACAAUCGUGAGUUUUGGAGUUUGAAAAUGUAAAAUGUCCUCCUUUUUCUCCCAGGAUGGUGUAUUCCAACUGCUGUCUCAUACAGUAGAGUCUGGCAGAUUGAAAUGUCCUUUUGAUCCCUUGCAGCCGUUCACCUCAAUCCUCACAGGUAAGAUGAGUCGUCACACAACACUUCAGCAGUCCUCUGCGGCCUUAUCUUUCGUACUCCAGAAUUUCUCUCAAGCUAACAGUGAAAUUCUCCUCAUAUCUCCUCUAAGUUGUCUGAGUGAAUCCAUUUUCCCCAAAAAUAUUUCUGCAAAUACUUUUGGCCUUGUUAGACUCCAGCAGAAAUUUCCCAGGCUGCAACAGAAGUCAAAUGACAGGGAACGAUAAACAGCGAGUUUUCGCUCUUACCUCAUUUUGAAGCUUGUUGCUUUUAACGCUUUUCAAGCUGUGUUUUUUUAUGUGAAACAGAGAUACUGCCUAUUUGUACGACAGUAUUAGUGCCACAUUAAGAAAAAAUAAGACUUUGAGAUGUAAGUCAUUACUAACGAGAAUAAAGUCGUAGGAAAAUCAUCAGUUACGGGAACAAGGUCGUAAUAAAAUCAUUACUUAUGAGAAUAAAGUCGUAAAGUAAAUAAAGUCUUAAAGCUGCUUUUGUGGAGGAGGAAAUGUCUGAACUGGACAACUGCAGAUUAUCUGUGGGUGCAUCAGUGGGUCAUUCAGAGAGCUUUUGUGGUUUCUCAAAAAACAAUCCAACUGAUGAUCAACAUUUACGAUUCAGAGGGAGUCGAGCUCCGACGAGCACCGCAUCUGUCUCUGAUGCCGGCACAACACCGGCAACAAUCUACACCUGCAGAGGCACCAACACCUUAUGGCAUAUAGAUUUAUACGAUAAACUAAAGGCAUAUGAAACUAUUGCUAUUGCUAUAAACGACUGCAUUAAGGGAUUUAGCCUCUGCACAGCCAUUUCCAGCCAUUUCCCCUCCUCAAAAACAGCGAUUCCCUACAAGUCCGCCUGGUUCUUUCUGUGGAAAAGAUGCAUUUCUUGCAUAUGUCCUGAUACUACCUGACAAUGUGAUGCUGAAUUUCCAAAGGAUAUAUCUCCUUGUUUGUGAAACCUAGCUACUGAGGUUCCUAGCGCCUAGCUAAAUGCUCCACAGCGCUCAUUUAAACAACUAACAAAAGGUUAGAAUAGCUAUUAGCUACGACUUUAUUCUCGCAAGUAAUGAUUUUAUUACGACUUUAUUCUCAUAAGUAUUUACGGUCUUUUUUUUUUCUCUUAAUGUGGCCCUAAUACUCCGUUGUAUGUUUGUGAUUUUUCAUGUAUAUCUUGUUUCUUUGCUGAAUAUUUAAAAGUCGUGAAUGAUUGCGUUUACUGUUCAUUUGGUCCAGAUCAGUACCUGUAUGCGGGGACAUCUUCAGACUUCCUGGGCAAAGACACCACAUUCACACGCUCUCUUGGACCUCCACCCGACCAGCACUACAUACGCACAGACAUCUCUGAAGACUACUGGAUCAACGGUACUCACAUACCUACACAUAAACAUGAACGUGCUGAGUGCACUUAAAACUGGUCGUAGCUUUUUUUUCUUUUGCUCCAAACUUCCAGCCGCUCUUCUGAUACAAAGAGGCUCUCUGUGCCCUCUGGUUGGUUAUUGGCAUUCCUGUGUGGAGGAAACAGCCCACUUAUUCAUUUCUCUGGAACUUUUAUAUGAAUGCCAAAGCUGAACAGGGACCACACCUACAGGGGAAUUUACAGUGUGCCACAAAGUUCACGACUUAACCCUUAGUCACACAACCGCGUCACACACGAGCAAGUACACAUUCAGGCAAACACAUUCAUCACAGACAGGGGUGUCUCCUCUUUUUGUAUACAUCUCUUCAGUCUCCAACGUUUUACAGCCAGUGAUGGGUUGUCGUGUAUCAACGGUCGUCACUGGCAUCUAAAUCCUUACACAUGGUCUCCACAUUUCACAACCGCACAGUCAGAGAUGUUUGGAGCAAUUACGUCUUUCUCCCCCAGUGUGUGUGUAUACAGCAUGUGUUGGCCCAGGGCGGGCGAGCAGAGAGAAAAAAAAAAAAAAGAGGGUGUAAUUUCUUGCUGUGUAUCUGUUCCCUGUGAGUCCAUGGAAUAUCUCUCUCACAAUGACCCCCUGUCCUAAGUGUUAGCAGUUGUACACUAACUUGUUCCAGUCAGGGAAUCACCCUCUGGUUCUUGGCUCAGUUCUUAGGAGUUGAGAAAAUGUUGAUGUAAUGUCAUUGCAAGACUCAAACUUUUGGACUUGUCCCUCCCUUCCUUAAUGAGGACAUCGAUGAUAACCAUGCUGCUCAUAGUCCCCUUUUCACACUGAUAUGAACAGGAUGUAUUUUUCUUGAUCUAAAAAUACCAUGUUACAUCAGGCUGUGUCUCAAUCCACACAAUUUCAGUCUAGAAAAAUUGAAAAAAACAUUCCUACCCGUGCUCAUGUCAGUAUUAGCUCCCCCUGUGGAUAAAACUGAGCCUCUGCUGAGUCUGUCCUGUUUAUGUGCAAGUCAUGUUUAAUGGAGCUUUAAACCACCAGUCCAUCUAUAAAGCCUAACAGCAAGUUUAGAAUAUACUAUAUGUGUAGCUCAAGCUUAAACUUAGUAUAAAAAAGUGGUUGUAAAUCUGUCCUUUGUGUAAAACAAGGCGAUAUUGUAACCGAACAAGUGUUGAAAAGAGUGUCACCUCAAGGCUCCAGCUCAUGGCAAAGUCAUUACCUGGUUUAACACUCUGUCUUCCUCCUCUUUUUUCCGCCCUGUGUCUUCAGAGGCCAGGUUUAUAUCCGCUCAUCCCAUAGCAGACACCUACAACCCAGACGAUGACAAGAUAUACUUUUUCUUCCGUGAGGUGUCGUGGGAAGGAAGCGACAAGAGCAUCGUGUCUCGGGUGGCUCGUGUGUGCAAGGUGAGAUAUUACACAAAAGAAGUGGUGAGAGUUCGGGGGGUGUUCGGAGUAGGCGGGUCAGGAUCUGAUGAAUGGAUGGACAAACAGGAGAAAGAAGUGGAUGGAGCUGUACAAGACUCAAUUGGGAUACUGUAGGAUCAUAAAAAUGUGAGUUGAAGCUCAGUUGAUAACAAGAGACUUGAUGCUUUAGAGCUCUGUAUCGUUAUGGGACAACGGUGGGGCGUAACAGUGGGACUGUAACACCUCUUCCAGUCUGUGGUUGAUUCAUCACUCCUGCAGCGGACCGAUCAGAUAAGGAUCUUUGUGUUUGGCCCCUGCGGGACUGUUUUAUGUCCCCCGGUUGGAGAUUUUCCAGAUCCACUCUUUCCUUGUAGUCAUCUGAAAGAGUCUGUCAGGGGCACUAAAUCAGGCUUUCAGCUUUUUUGUGCUCUGCUGACGGGGCAGUGGUUGUGCCUACGUGGCCAAUAGGGUUGAUGUGGUUGAGAGACCUUUGUCAGUGUCUACAAUAAAAAAUAGAUUCACAAAGAACAUAAUGGUGCAGCACUUUACAAAUCAGUGAAACAAUACUGCAUUAAAGAAAUGUGAUUUGCCUGAUUAAGAUAACCUUUUGUAGCACUAUUGUAUCACACUUUGUGUGGGACACUAUGUGCCAUUAGUCCACCAAAUGGGAUUUGCCCAAACAGAGUUUGCUCAGCAUUCAGAGGCCUAUUGCUACAUUCUUUAAGAAAAGCUCUCAGCAUCUUUAUGACUUGGGAGUAAGCUGUAAAACAGACUGGAUGGAGAAUCCUUUCUCUCCCUUCUAUCUCUCUCUUCUGCUCUUCUUCUUUACCUCCUUCACUUUCAUUAUUUUUGAGUGUUUUUUCCCCGUGUGUAAGAGGAAUCAGGGGCACUUCACUUCAGUCCUCUUUGAAGAUUAUUACCAUUGUGAAACACUCUCAUUAAGUGCUUACAUUUUUUGUCUUCUUGAUCACAACUGCAGUAUUGUGUGUGUCGAACCCGAACCGUCUUUGAAAUACUGCUGAGUAGGUGCACAGGCCAACUUUAAUAAGGAGGCUCUCUUAAGUUUCCUCAACAUCACAAAGAGGAGCACUUGAAUUCUCUAACCAGAGCUCAAUCAGAGGUCGCUACUUGUAAAACAGCAAUUCAUAUGCUAAGAUAACAAGGUUUUAGGCUUGCUUCCAAUGCUGCACUUCCACUUGUUUCUCUUUUCCUUUGAUGUCGCCCCUCUUCUCACGAUGUUUCCGCUCCAUCUUUUUCUUCUACCUCUGCAAUUACUCCACACUGUCAUUAUCCUAACAAGAAGGGCUCCUUUGUGCCAGAUAAUAAGCAGAUCCACUCUCGAGUUAUGUGUUUCACCUGUUUAUUUUCCUAAUGAGUGCAGGAAAUCAGAGUCAGGCUGCAGUGCUUUGAGUUGUCUCUGUGUUUAAGUCGAUUAAAUGGAUUACUGUCAAAUUGUGGUCCAGAAAGUGUACUAUUUAUUGUGGUUGUCUCUGGGCCAUAUUGGACAGCUGCACAAUACUGAGUGAGUAUUUUGUUACAAUGUUUGUUUUUGUGUUUCAGAAUGAUGUAGGUGGGCUGAGGAGUCUGACUAAUAAGUGGACCACCUUCCUCAAAACCAGACUGGUGUGUUCCAUCCCUGGGCUGGAUGGAGUAGACACACACUUUGAUGAGCUCCGUAAGUGACAGUGAGGCUCUAAAUAAAAAAUAGAGGCCAAGAAAUUGAGUUUUGUACUCCAGGAACGACGUAAUGAGAAGGAAUUCCUACUGUCAUUGAACCAGCAGUGGCUUAAAAGUAGCAGAAGUCUUUGCACCACCAUCUUUAUUUAACCUAAAACAACAAUUACAGUCUAAUAUAUACACAAAAUUGCUGCUUGCUGGUUGCACAAUAAAGACCCCUCGGUGCACAGAAAGGUCACAGGAUAACCCUUAUCCUCCUUUUCUUCUUUGUAACAGAGGAUGUUUUCCUGCUCCCCACCAGAGAUGACAAAAACCCCAAAGUGUAUGCGAUCUUCACCACCUCCAGGUGAGUGUUGUUUAUCACACUGUAAUCAGCACCACUGUAACUUCAUGAAUACUUAACUGUUGUCUGCUUUUUGCUUUGCGCCUAGCUCUGUUUUCCGUGGGUCAGCGGUGUGCGUGUACAGCAUGGCAGACAUACGAGCAGCGUUUAACGGACCUUAUGCCCACAAAGAAGGGCCUGACCACCGAUGGGUUGAGUACGAGGGGAGGAUACCUUACCCUCGCCCUGGAACGGUACGUUGUUCAAUCAAGAGACAAGCCUGUUAAUAACUCACACUGAGAACCUUUUACUUUUCAGAUGGAACAAAUCCUCAAUUUUCUAGCUAAUUACAAAAAAACAAACAUGGACCGAAUGAAAAAGACUGGAUUCAAGGGUGAAAUGUUCAUGAUGCUGCAGGCUACACAUGCAACCUCAUGAUGCAUGACACAACCUUGGAUUUGAUGAGGUUCCUCCACAUGUUAAUCAGACUUUUGUGUUAUUUGUUUAAAAAUGUAAUCAAGGAGAGGAAAGGGAUUAUAUAGAUUGCUCUGUGUGUAAAGCAGAGUGCACCGUAGUCCACACGGGGAAAAAAAGGAUCAGGACUGACACAGAUGUUCCAGAUGUGUGCCACCUCACUUUGUUCUUCAUUUGGCCACUAGAGGGAGACAUUCACUAACAAAUGGGUAGAAAAUAAGGGUGACUACUGAGAAAGUUAUGGAGUGACCAAACACCAGACAGGGUGGUAACUCAUCUUAAAAAUGUGAAAUGCUAACACGAGAUCAUUUUUGUUUUCUUCUUCAGUGUCCCAGUAAGACGUACGAUCCCAGAAUCAAGACCACCAAAGACUUCCCAGAUGAUGUGAUCAGUUUCAUUCGAUUUCAUCCUCUGAUGUAUCGGUCCGUCUACCCCCUGACUGGACAACCUGUGUUCACACGAGUCCGAGUGGACUACACCCUGACUCAGAUUGUGGUGGAUAGGGUUCUGGCUGAGGAUGGACAAUAUGAAGUCAUGUUUCUGGGAACAGGUGAGACAUUACCUCCACAGGCGCUCUUGAAGUUUCAUAUUUGACCAGCAGAGGGCAGUAGGUCAUCAGGAGUUGACUUCAGCCUUUGACAGACUUUGUUGACACGGUUUCGGUUUGCUGUUGCGAAUUUUAACUCUUUUAAAGAUGAAUACUUAACUCUGAUUGUUAUUGAUCAAAACUAAAAAUAAAUGUAAGAUUUCUCUACCUUUUUUGAAUUAAUGGAAACUUUUAUGACUGCUUUUACUACCUCAUCAUCACUUAAUUGACACUUCAGCCAGCUUUUCCCCUUCCCCUAAAUCUAAUAUAAAAAUCUAAUAUAAAAUCUUUAUAGUUUCCAUACUUCCAUACUUGUUUUCAUGCUCAAAUUCUGAAUGAAUAAUAUUCACAAUGUAAUAUUCUUAGUUCAUCCCAGUCACCUUGACUUCUGUCACUCCCUCAUAGACGCUGGCUCAGUUCUGAAGGUGGUAAGCAUCACUCAAGAGAACUGGUCGACAGAAGAAGUGGUGCUUGAAGAACUGCAAGUUUUCCAGGUUUGUGCAGAAGUAUACACAAAUUCACUCAAACACACAGCCCUCACACUUUUUCAGUUUUAACUACUCUUUAAUCCAUGAUGCUCACUUUUCUCUCCCCUGUAGGACAGCUGACUUUAGUCGUGCUUCUGAACAACACUGAUGGAUUUCUCUGACCCCUUAAAUCAGCAGUUCAUGUAACUCAAGUGUGUUGCUGUUUUCAUUAAGCUGCUGGUUUGUUUCUUAUUCUUCUUACAGACUUCCACUCCCAUCCUCAGCAUAGAGAUGUCUUCAAAACAGGUUGGGCUUUAUUCUCAUUUGUUCUGUUCCUGUCCUGUCUUGCUCUCUGUCACCUGCAUUCACAGCGGUCUGUCAGACGCAGAAGACAUCCUGUUUUCUAACCUCAUGUCAUUCAUUAUCAGUCGUUUUGCUCUUCUCUAUCUUCACUUUUUUCUCUUGGCGUUCUGUCCCACUUCUGCCUCAUUAUGUUCGGGGUCAGUGGUGUCAGUAGACACUUCAGUCCCAAUCACAGCUUCCAUUAAUCUCUGAAGUGUUUGACCUUUGUGUGUGUGGGUGUGUGCGUGUGUGUGUGUGCAUGCGAGCUAGCGUUUUUUGUUUUUUUGUGGUUGUGUUAAGUUGGGUUGAGAAAUCUGAACUUGUGAUGAGUUGAAGUGGAUCCUCUGAUUAAUGUUUGUGCCAACUUUUCUGCAUAGAGGAAUCUUAAAAUCACUCUUCAAGAGUUUGAUAUUUUUGAAUAAAUCCUCCAGUUCAAGUACUUUGAAUCUCAUCAAUGAAUUCAUGAAUCUAUUAAAAACAGUGAAAUCCCCUCUUUUCUAUCUUUAUUCUCACUUUAAAUAUUCCCCCGUUAAUGUAUAUAAUUAAUUCAAAGUAAACCUGACAUUGACUCUGAUCUCUAUGUCUACCUACCCUUAAGCCGUCUAUGGUGUUUGUUUUACUUUAGCAACAGCUCUACGUGGGUUCAAGUGAAGGUCUCGCCCAGGUUUCACUCAGUAGAUGUCACCUGUAUGGACAAGCCUGUGCUGAAUGCUGCCUUGCACGAGACCCCUACUGCGCCUGGGAUGGACAUACAUGCUCGAGAUACAUCCCUGCAUCCAAAAGGUAUGUUACACUAACCCUCACUCAGACCUCAAGCUGUGCUCAUGUCAGUCUGUGGAUGCACUUGUGUUACUAACCAAACCAUUCAACCACUCUAGUUUUGCAAAAUUGUUAUAUACCAUACUAAAUUCAUGCAGAAACCAUUUAAAUACAUGUAGUUGUGAUACUACGUAGAGAUUUACAUUAAAGCUCCUGUGAGGAACUCCUGGGCUUUGUAAGUUUUGGCACUCUCUGUUGAUAAGGCAGCCUUUGCUUAUCUUCUCCUCUACAUGCUUAAGUAGAAUCUUAAACAUUAGACAAAAACUCUCUAUUUGUGCACUUUUACCAGUCAAAUAUAUAAGUUAUUGUGAAUUAUUAUGCAGAAAUGGUAAAAUUCAGGGCUGUUUCUUCAGCUGUUCGGCCAACAUCCUCCCUCACUGCCUGACAAAGACAUAAACAAUUACAAUAUAAGAAAUUGACAUGUUGCUAACAGUCCUGCUUGCGUUCGUUAAACAUAAGACGGCAUCAAAAUGAAUUUCAGGCUGUUUUAUGAAUAUCAAAAAACUCCUCACAUGAUCUUUAAUCGAAAAGCGGCUGUGGAAUGGGAUUAUUUACCGUGAUGAAUUCAAAAGCUCUGAAUAAAACUUUGAGUAACCACGAGAAAGUAAAGAAAGCGUUUUUCUUUAAACUGCCGUGACCCCCUUUUGUGUGUGUGUGUGUGUGUGUGUGUGUGUGUGUGUGUGUGUGUGUGUGUGUGUGUGUGUCAGAUGGUUUUCAUAGUUCUGACCAUGUUUAUCUUCGGUUCUUUGAGCAGUUUUCCUUGCCUGGGGGUACGCUCAGUUUAAGCAUUGAUUAGAAAUGUACAACCUCUGCUGAUUAAUGUUACUGUCGUCCCUCUCCUCUCAAGUGCAGACCUUGAGGUGCAAAAGCAUGUUUGUGCAUACUUUAUGUAUAUCGGAGUAUUUUGUGCCGUAGUUUGUAAGAAUUUCUGCUCUGCAGAGUGUUUACCCGACAGUUAGAGGUCACACUGCCACAUUGUUGUCCAGUGGGGAUGCUGUUAUGGUUUGUGGAAUAAAGGAGGCUCUUUGAAAGCUGAUCUUCUCGGUGUCAGUGAGUGUAGGCUGCAGAUGUCCCAUCAUGUAGGACUGACAGAAGGCGGAGGAGGUAAAUCAAUACAAACUGAUGGAGCCCAAGUGAGCAACACCAGCUAGCGGCUGAUUCAACUUUUUUUAAAACCGUAAACAAAACAGUUAGGACGUUUCCUCAAGAGAGAGGCAAGUGUCAACAGUUAGAUUCAACAUUCGUCAGAAUGGCUGAAGAAGCUCAGUGUUUAACCUUUAGGUUUAGUAAGUGUCAAACAGAGAAAUACACCGAGGGUUACCUUUAAUCAGAGGUCAUAAUAAAUCACGGUCAGUGGUUGUGAAAUACUGUUGCUUGGAGGUAGCAGUCAGCUUUUCUUUCUCAUGUUCACUAACAUUCCUUUUUAUGUGCAGAUUUGACUCUAAAACAUCCUCCUGUUUGGCUGUGAGCAUCUCCCUAUGUUUUUUUUUUAAUAAUGAAUUUGUAUGUAGGUUUUUUUUUAAUCUCCCCAAAACAUUCUUCAUCAAUAAAAAAAAGUUUAAAAUUAGAUUGUAACACAAAGAACAUUUUUGGGCACCAUGUGCUUUUCAUAUAGUGAUUACCUAGUAAAGGUUAACAUUGAUUUGGUUACAUUUAACUUGCAAAUUUAGGUAUCUUAAAAUAAAUAAGAUGAUAAGUUCUUGAUCAAGUAAAAAGUUGAGUAAGAUAAUGUUGCCCCGGUUUUUAGGCAUAGACUGUAUAUAAGAUGGACAACGUGGUUCCGCCUUCCGCCUGUAUACGGAUUUGAAGCCAAAAAGCUCUCGGUAAUUCCGGGUUUUUCUCCACUUCCUUGAAACCAGCACUGUGCAGUAGCGUUGUGCGCAUUCGGCCGCGCAGUCGCUGAGAGUCCCUGUGAUGACGCUCGGCUUAAACAGCGUAUCCCCCCCGGGUGUGUUACGCAAUCCCUGAACGCCCAUAGGCUGUACCAGGUGUCAAUCAUAGAAAACAUGAACCCCCUAAUAACUUUUAAAAACGGAGCUGUACAGAAAAAAAAAUGACUUGGGUACAAACCAGUCUUACAAUAACUACAUGUCAACAUCACAAGAAGGGGGGAGAAAAAUUUAUGUUCUGUGUAAUAAAUUUCUAAAGUUUGUCCACAGUCCCAUAAGCUUUGCUGGCGGAGGCGGGAUUUAUGACCUAUACUGCAGCCCACCAUCAGAGGGUGCUGUUCUCGGAGUGGCUUCACCUAGCGAGGAGGCAGACUCUGUCCAUCUUAUAUACAGUCUAUGUUUUUAGGUCCUUAUGUCUGGCUGUUUUUGCACACUUGUGAAGUGAUAGUUUUGUGAGUGCACUUUUAACAAGUCAGAAAAAAUGUGGAUUUCUCAUAUAAGCCGACAAGUUGUUUAACCCUUUCAUGCACACAUUAUUGCAGCACAAAGUGACUUUUUAUGUUUGUUCUUGUCUUAAAACAAGUGGAAAAUCAGAACUUGUUGUCCUAUACAUUUUUUAUUUCGGAGAGUUCGGUGGACAGCAUACAAAAUCACUAUUAAAAGUAAUUUAUCAGAACCUAAUUCUGGUCCACAAAAUCAUGUGAUUAAAACUGUUUUUUUGCAAAGCCAAUUAAGUAAAACAAGUAGGAACAGAUGAGUGAAACAAACCCUGUUUAUUCUCGAUUUAAAAACUCAUCAUACUAGGAAUUUCCCAUUGGGACUAUUAAAGGAAUAUCUUAUCUUAACGCUUAUCUUAUUAAUAUAAAGCUGACAAAGUUUACAACUUUCCUACAAACAAACAUCCCUGUCCUCAAACAGGCCCACAUUAGGAGUUACUUAACAUGCAUGAUGUUGAGAGAUGAGGGAGUGAACCUCUUAUACUUUGAAGGCUGACUUUUUACGGUUAUCAUUAAACAGCAAGUAUUUACUUUUAUGCCUCAUAUCUGUUUAUGGUUUUGAAAUGUUAAAUAAAAAUAACAAACAAACACCACAUGGCAUGAAACUGGUCUUGAUUUGCUUUGUUUGUUUGUUGUCCAGGCGUGCAAGGAGACAGGACAUCAAACAUGGAGACCCUGCCAGUCAGUGCUGGGACACUGAGGACAGUAUGUAAACUUUGUUCUCUGAAAUAAGUUUCACAUGCGUGUCAAGAAUGUCUGUUUUUUAUUGCAUAGUGGAAAAAGGUCUAGAGAGUUCCUAUUUAAACACUCUCUAAUGGAAAACCGCAUGCAUGACACGCCUGUGUUUGAAGCAGAAAAGAGACUCUUUAAUCAAUAACAGUUCUGCUGUCUUUAGGUCUCAUUGGGGGAAAGGCAGAAGAAAGAGUCCUUUUUGGGGUGCAGAGCAACUCUACCUUCCUUGAGUGCAUCCCCAAAUCUCAGCAGACCCGAAUCCGCUGGUACAAACAGAGACCUGGAUCUGAACGCAGAGAGGAGGUCAGUGAGUGCACUCAUCGACACACAGCUCAACACACCUUUGUUUCUUAACUCAGUCUGAACCCUGAUGAUGUACCUUGUUUUUUCCUUGAGUUCACGGCCCCUGAGAGGUUACAUUUUUACAUAAGAAAGAAAAGGUCAGAAAACAGGGAAGUUAAGGAUGCAAAUACAGGUGUUUGCUUACUGUAACACUCACCUCUUACAUAAGGACAUCAAAGCAUUCCAAAUCUUCAGACUCCAACUUCACUUGGAGUCUGAGCCUUGAACCCACUGACAACUGUUGCUGCCACAAAUCACAUCACCGAAGGACUCGCUUAUCUUGAAAAGUGUUUUGAGGUAAAGGAGCCUGUUUAUAAUGCUGCAUACCAACAUGUCAUCCAGGGCCUGACUGGUUUAUGUAAAAGUAUUAUAUGAAGUUUAUGUGUGUCCCUGGGUCUUUAAAAUCUUCUGCAAAUGGGGGAAAUUACCGAAACCAGAUUUUCCAGAAAGGACAGGGAUAAGACAUCGUAAACAGAUCCUUGAUUUUUCAACUGCUGCCUUUUUGCAGUUCUUGAUAUCGUCAUUCCACUGAACUCAAGAUGCACAAACAAACAAUAACACAGGCCAUUGACAAGUAUUAUAGUGUUUGACAUUGGCUUCUUAUCUUUGUUGGUUAAAAUAUAAAUGACUAGUCAUGUUUAUUGUUUAUUUAUUCUUACUAAUUCCUCUUUAUUUUUGAAUAAUUGUAAUUAUCAAAGUGUUUUUAUUAUUUUUUUUAUAUUCAAACAAUAAAAAUCCACAUCAAAACAAGACAGUAAUCUUGUUUCAAAAUAUACAUUUACAAAUACAGGUCUAAACUACGGACAAAACAGUAACAAGACAGAUUAUACUCAUACCAGAAAUCAGCCAUGGCAUCUUGAUUUUUUGUGACCUUGUAGAUAACAAAAAGGGAAGGGAAACUGGUAUCUCAGAUGGUGAAUUACUUGCAGUUUAUUUUUUAUUUCAGUGCAAGAAUUUAAGUUUUUAGGAAUGACUGUUGGUCAUUAAAAAUUCAGAGUAAGAAAUGUGACAACCAACCCCGGUCUCCUCUACUUUUUGUUAAAAACUAAUAAAAAAGGUUUUAGUUGAAAAGAAAGUUUCAGAUUUCAGAUUUAUUGAGGUUAUUGGCCCUUGAGAUGCACCAUCUCGUUUUCGAGGGGGGUCCCAGAGAAUAUUAGAGUACAUAAACACAUACUGCAUAGAUAUAUAGAUACUUACAUGCAGACAUACACACAUAGCUUGCUCAAAGUGAUGGGUUAGUGAAUUACAAAAAAAAAAAAGCCUCACAAAAUUCUCCCUCUAAGAUAAUAUCGAUUUGACAUUCUCAGUUUGAAUAUCUGUCAGCUGUGUAAAAGUAACACCAGAUCUCAUAUAUUUAAUAAAUUUUUUUAAGUUAAUUGUCAUUGAUUGGCCACAAGCCACUGAACCCUGAGAUCCUUGGAGACUGGGUGGGUGACACAAAAGGACACGCUGGGACAGGGAACUAAUGGGUUUGUGUUUCAGGUGUUAAAAGAACUUAUCGGUGAUGACACUUGUCUCCUGAAUGAGACAACAGAGACUUGCUUACUCAGCACCUCAACAAACCCCCUCCUCCCCCUGUCCAAACAUAAAAAACUGCCCUCCUCCCAUCACCCAUCAGCCCUCUUUCUACUCUCUCUUUCUUCUUCUCAACUUCCCAAAACACUUAUUUACGCCCACAACUGCUCCCCUGUCAACUCUCUCAGGGGUGAGUGUAAACACACUGACAGGUGCAGAGGUCACUAAGACCCAUGUGUUCCUUUAAGGGGACAUGCAGCAGUUUUCUUAUGUGUGUGUGUGUUACAGCAUGCUUAUGUGCACGCUCCUUUAUGAUCUCCCACAGCAGAAAUCAUAACAGAGUGCUCCCUGGGGACAGCCAUGUGUUUUGGGGUAAUGAACACAAUGGGGUGUUUGCAGUGUUUUUGUUUGAAGGCAUGCAAUGUUGUGUGACCUAUUGUACCCCGGACAAAGUGAUGAAGGAGUGAACGUAGGACUUCUGCUUUCCUCUUAUGUGAUAGAAACAGAGGGUAAAGAAAUAAAACAAGGAUUUUACCAAAUUUAAUGAGUAACAGCCAUAAACACAAAUGAAUCACAACUUUAUCCUGAUUAAAUUUGACUUUUUGACCUACUCAGCAGUGUCGUUCUGUCUCAAUUCAAAGCUAUAAAAUAAUCUUUUGUGGUGAAGGAAUUUCUUGAUAUUUUCUGGAGCUUCACAUUUAAAAGUUUGUUCAAUUUGUUCCUUUUGUGCAUAUGAUAUGACAGCUCCCCCUUUUUCUCUGUCAUUUAUUUGUUAAAACUAGAUUCUGAUUUUGAAGCUUCUAUGAAGUGCAAAAAGGGCAUAUAAGCUUUUGGGCAAAGACAUCAAAGUUAUGACGCUCAAUGGUCAACCUUGUUUGGUGAUAAGAGACCACAAUUUUCACAUUAAUGACGUACAGUUGGAACCCUGGCAUGAUCUCAGUAAAGAUGUGUCCCUCAUGCACUGUUUGAUGUGGUCUUUCCACCCAUUUGAUCAACGACAGAGAUAAGUUUUACCGCAGUCAUGUGAACUUCUGAUAUUGGUCAAGUGAGUUUGCUUGGUUUGAUAGCAAGUGGCUGGAUGAGGCCUUAAGGAUUACAUUUCAUACAGAGGGAUGCACCCAGAUUUUUCAAAAAUACUUGUGUUUAUUAACAUACCUGAUUUGACAUGGGAUGUCUGUCAAAUUUUUCUUCUGUUAACACGUCUUGAAGGUCUGUAUAAGCCACAGGAUAAGGUUGUAAGUUUUUGAUGCACAAGGUAGAAAAAUGGUUUAAUAAAUGUGACAGGAAUGAAAUCAGUUCUUUGUAUCGUUCAGAUUCAUUAGAGUAAAAAAAAUGACAAAGAGAUGUUUUUGUUAAAUAUAGAAGAAUCAGUCAGAAUUGUAAAGCAGUGAGUCUAAAGCUUUAUGAAGAUUUCCGUCUCCCCUGUAGUGAUGCAAUAAAUGCCUGUUAGUUCUCAAUCUGUUGCCUCUUUCUCAAGUGGGUUUGUAUCAAGCUCAUGAUUGAUUGUUGUCUCAGCCGGACACUAGCCAUGCUGCUCACAGUCAACACAAAGUGAUGGAGGUCAACUGAAUCACAACAAACUGGAGGUCAGCUUGGUCUGGUGAUGGAGGCGAUGAGUUGUGAUGGGAUUUUUCUCAGUGUCUCUGUAUGACCCUUGUUGCUAGAAAGACAUUGAAGGUGCUUUUCUGUAAUGGAUGCUGUUUGAUUUUUUGAAUUAUUAUUGUUGUUGGUAAUUUUUUUAUUCUGAAAAAUACUUAUUUAAAAACAAAUUUAAAAAACUGAUGUUAAUAUGUGUUAAAAUUUAGUGACUAAGAUUUCUGUCGAUUUAGCGUUCUGGAUUUGAUAACGCAGGAUUCCCCUUUUGCAAAAUCAGGUGGUCCACCUUAUCUCACAGCUGGACAUGCGCUGAUGUGUUAAGUGUCUAGCUCAUAUCAACCUCUCACCUCCUGUGCCCACUCUGCUUCCUCCUGUCUGUCAUCCCCAUUCCUCGCUUGUCCUUCGUCCACCCUCAUUAUCUCCACCUCCCUCUUUCCUCACCUAAUUCCUACCUUCAUGCUCCUCCAUCAAUCCACUUUGCCCCCUCAUGCUUUUUCCUGUCGUCUCCACAGUUUCCCACACUCUCUAUCCCCUCUUUACCUCUCUCCACACUUUCUGCCUCCUGAUGGGUUUCGAUCAAGGCACCCUCCACCAGCUGCUCGCAGCACCUGCAGUUCUCUACAACAAAACACUCAUCGCACACAUAUCCCCUCCUCCUCCUCUUGUUCUCUUGUAGAAAGUCAGCUAUUGCAGAUGUGAUGUGGGAGAGAUUCCUCUGUCUUUCUCACAGCAUGUUUGUGAGUGUGUUUGUCAGUGUGUCCAUUUGGGUUUUCACCUCCCGGAGCGAGGAAUUCUGGGAUGUUCGAAAACUUGUAAUAAGAAAAGAACGGAUUGUGCUAAACUGCACCCAUGGUGUCCAUUAAAAUCUAACACAGCCCUCUUUGGGAGAUCCUUAACCUUAUAAUACUUUGUUUUAAAACCAUUUGACCGUAAAAGGCUGUAUUUCAUUUAGUUGCUUCACAUACAGGCACAUUUGUGUACGCAUACGAAUAUGCACUAAGUGUCCCUACAAACAUACAACUCCUGGAAAUAUGAUGUGAAAUUCACAUACAGAGAAACCCACAGGUACACAACUAAAGACAAGCCAUCUGGGUGAGUUUAUAUGUGCUUGGCAUUGCCUUUGUUUUGGAAAGCAAAAAAAGAGACAGCCUCAGCAGCACACAAAUAACACAAUAAAAUGCUGGUUCAAUUAUUUAAUUUUGCUUAGUGUCUCCCCAGAUUUUACGAUUUUAAUGAAAAUCUCAUGUGUUUUGUCAGGUUAGUUAAGUGUGCCAGGAAAUGAGAAACAUGAUAGGAGACAGACAAAAACUCCAAAGUGGACAAAGGUCGAGGUCCAAAGAGCCUGAGGCCUGUUGGUCUGCUUCUGGCUGGACAACACAUCAUCAGUGUCAGACCCAGAAACCACCACAGAACUACAGAGACCCACAACUAUGUGCACACAAACACACAACAAAUGCAGUUUUUUUUUUUUCUUUUAAAUGAAACCACAUAAACACACACACACACUGCUAUUCAUGCUUUUCUGCACAAAGUUAGGCUUGAACCUCCUCCUUUUUUAUUUUGCACCUCUGGGGGGUCGGAGCCAGGCUGUGGGAGGUUUCCUUUUGAAGCGUCCUCACAUGCACAGACACACGCUGGACACACAUGCACACACGAGCAGGCUUUUCUUAUGUCCUCUUAGCACAGCUGUGUUGUUUUAAGCUCUGACAGCAGCCACGCCACCUGAUAAAUCAUGCUGAAUGCUAAAUGAAAAGAAGACACCGUAAAUAUUAGCACGCUACUCACACUUUUACGACAAGCGCAUGCACGAACACACCUGAAACGUCCAAUCUCUUGCCUGCGCUGACUAGCGACACUCAUCAUGCAUUUAAAAGUCUCUCCUCACCACAUCAUGACUCUUCAGCCCCCACAUUUCGGUGCACUCUCACCGCACCCACUACAAUGUGUUUCCUGUUUCAGGGGUCAUCGCUAUGUUCAACUCACCCCGUAUGAAUGUGUGUAAACAGGGUGACACAUACUGUGGUUUUCUGAUUGUUCAGGGGUAAAAAAAAAAAAAACACAGGAUUAAGCUUUGCAAUAAAACCGUAUAUCCAAGAGAGUUGUGACUGUGGAAAAUGUGAUGAAUAACAGAGGUUUUGAUGGUUUUUGAAUCAUUUAAACUCUACACUCUACACAUGUUGAAACUGAUUCUUUAAUUCGAUGCCGUUUGAACAUUUUUGGAACAGAGGAGAGCAUUGUUUGGAAUACUGAAAAUGCAAAAGUUCUCCCAUUCUUGUCUGAUGUAGGAGUUGAUCUUCUCAACAGUUUGGGGAUUUCUUUGUUGAUGCGUCACUGCAGGGAGGCCAGUUUAGUGUCCAAAGUUUUCUACUAUGGAUUCAUGUAUUAGAAAUACAUGCAGAAUGUGGACUGUCUCCCCUAAAAAGGCAUUGUCUGGAUGGCAGCAGAUGUUGUUCCAAAUCUUAUGUACUGCUUAGCAUAAAUUGACCUUCCCUGUGUACACUACUCAUGCUAUUGGCAGGUUUGCAUCCACACGCCUUUGAGCUGUGAGCUGAUGUCAAGCCAGGUAUUCCUCCUUUUUAGAGAGGAAGAAAUGGCAUCUGUUAUUUCCAAAAAUGGAUGUCAAAUUUUGACCCAUUAUAUCUUGACUGUUGUGCAUCUUAAAGGGGCUUGGGCCCAUAGAGGUUACUAGCCCUUCUGGACCAUGUCUGUGAAAGGUUUUCUCUUUGUAUGGUAUGCUUUUAAGCUGCAUAUGUGAGCUGUGUUCAUUGGCAAUGGUAUUUGGAAUUGAUCUUAAGCACAUGCAGUGAUUACCACUACAGAGUCGUGCCGUAAUAUGUAAAUGUAAAUGUAAGUGUUUUUUAUUUAUACAGCCCUUUACAACAGCACUUUUGGUGAACCAAAGUGCUUUAUAAAAGAAAAGAAAAAUGAAUAAAUCAAAACAAUAAAAAGCAAUGAAUAAAUAAGUAUUCUAUCUAUCUAUCUAUCUAUCUAUCUAUACACACAUUUGACUUGUUGUCUUUGCAUUCUCUUUGUUUAAAUGUAGGGUUUAGAUCGUUUAAAAACCAUCAUAUUAAUGCUUUUGAAUCUUUAUCUGACCAUUUGAUUUUCUUUGUAUCAUGUGCAAGCUCUUUUGGUGAACACACUUGAAGACAUUUGUAAUGAAACUGCUUGUAUUUGUCUCCCAGGUCCGGUUGGAUGAUCGUGUCGUACACACUGACCGCGGACUCCUCAUCCGCUCCCUUCACGCCUCCGAUGCUGGUGUCUAUGUUUGCGUGGCUCAAGAACACUCACACUUCACACACACUCUCCUUCGUCUCACUCUGCAACUGGUUUCACACGGACACCAGGAUGAGAAGCCUAAACCCAGUGUAGACCCUGCGAUGGAGCUGCGUCAUGGAGCCGAGUCCCGGCAGCGUUACAAAGACUACUUGCGAGUGAUGAGCGCUCCCUUCGGCUCUCUGGAGGAGUACUGUGAUUCUCUGUGGCUGGAGAAGAGGCCGUCGAGAGCCCGAGGAAAAGGCCUGGGAGCGGGCAAGUGGAAACAUAUUCAGGAAAUGAAGAAGAACAGGAACAGGAGACACCAUGGGGAGAAGAGGGUCAAGUGGGAGAAACCAGGGAGGGUGGUGAGGACAGCAGAGCAGUGAGUGCAGCAUUGAGGGUCUAAAUCUCAGUAUUUCUGGAUGCAGAACUGCAAAAUUGCAACGACAAAUCAACACGUGAGUGAGCUGAGGUGAAUGGGGUAAAACAGAGUGAUGCUGAAAUAUUAAAACUUCAAAGUGAGGUAUUUUUUGACCAGAAAUUGUGGACCAUUCUGCUCUCUGUUUGUAUAAUUCAAAUUUUAAUGUGUAAAACCAUUGACAUUUGACUUACGUACAGUGCUACUGAAGUUAUGCCGAUCAAAUGAAGGACUGCAACAUGACUGCUUUUUCCUACAGCCUUAGGUUGCACAGCUUUCCACCCCACAGAACACAGUGACGGUUACAAUUGAUAUUAAAGUAAGCAGAUAAAAUGACGACAUUUGGGCUUGAGCUUUUGCUUGUGGAGAUGAAACUGCAUUCAAGCUGAAUUACUGUAAAUAUUUUUAUAACGUGUACAGGAGAUACAGCAUGCUCAACAUAGUCUUAUUACUGAUCUGUAUAACUUUAAUGAUAACCAUGUAUAAUGUUUGGACUAACAAAACAGCAUAUUUUUGUACAAAUGUUUCACUUUUCCUAUGUACUGGAAGUUUAUUAGGUGUUUCAUUUUGAAAAGUUGUGUAAAUAAAUCGGUCUUGGUGCCACCCUUUUCCCUGAAUUGCAUCCUUACCUUCUGUGAAGUAGGUGGGUGCAUAUAUGAAAAAAAAAAAAAAAAAACAUCUAACCCUAAAAAACUCUGACAAAAGGUUUCUCAGCUGUUUUUACAGUAUUAGGUGUCCUUAAGGUUGGAGCUAGGGUUAGGGUUAGGUGUGGGGUUGGAGCUAGGGUUAGGGUUAGGGUUAGGGUUGGAGUUAGGGUUAGUGUUGGAGCUAGGGUUAGGGUUGGGCUUGGAGCUAGGAUUUUUCUGAGUGCAAUGAACCAACUCCCGAGUCUCUAGGACGUUCCUAAAAAAAUUUGAUUUUUUCCCAUAGGAAUGCAUGGGUUAGGGUUAGGGUUAGGGUUGGAGCUAGGGUUAGGGUUAGGGUUGGAGUUAGGGUUAGUGUUGGAGCUAGGGUUAGGGUUGGGCUUGGAGCUAGGAUUUUUCUGAGUGCAAUGAACCAACUCCCGAGUCUCUAGGACGUUCCUAAAAAAAAUUGAUUUUUUCCCAUAGGAAUGCAUGGGUUAGGGUUAGGGUUAGGGUUAGGGUUGGAGCUAGGGUUAGGGUUAGGGUUAGGGUUGGAGUUAGGGUUAGUGUUGGAGCUAGGGUUAGGGUUGAGCUUGGAGCUAGGAUUUUUCUGAGUGCAAUGAACCAACUCUUGAGUCUCUAGGACGUUCCUAAAAAAAUUUGAUUUUUUCCCAUAGGAAUGCAUGGGUUAGGGUUAGGGUUAGGGUUGGAGCUAGGGUUAGGGUUAGGGUUAGGGUUGGAGUUAGGGUUAGUGUUGGAGCUAGGGUUAGGGUUGGGCUUGGAGCUAGGAUUUUUCUGAGUGCAAUGAACCAACUCCCGAGUCUCUAGGACGUUCCUAAAAAAAUUUGAUUUUUUCCCAUAGGAAUGCAUGGGUUAGGGUUAGGGUUAGGGUUAGGGUUGGAGCUAGGGUUAGGGUUGGAGUUAGGGUUAGUGUUGGAGCUAGGGUUAGGGUUGGGCUUGGAGCUAGGAUUUUUCUGAGUGCAAUGAACCAACUCCCGAGUCUCUAGGACGUUCCUAAAAAAAUUUGAUUUUUUCCCAUAGGAAUGCAUGGGUUAGGGUUAGGGUUAGGGUUGGAGCUAGGGUUAGGGUUAGGGUUAGGGUUGGAGUUAGGGUUAGUGUUGGAGCUAGGGUUAGGGUUGGGCUUGGAGCUAGGAUUUUUCUGAGUGCAAUGAACCAACUCCCGAGUCUCUAGGACGUUCCUAAAAAAAAUUGAUUUUUUCCCAUAGGAAUGCAUGGGUUAGGGUUAGGGUUAGGGUUGGAGCUAGGGUUAGGGCUAGGGUUAGUGUUGGAGCUAGGGUUAGGGUUGGGCUUGGAGCUAGGAUUUUUCUGAGUGCAAUGAACCAACUCCCGAGUCUCUAGGACGUUCCUAAAAAAAAUUGAUUUUUUCCCAUAGGAAUGCAUGGGUUAGGGUUAGGGUUAGGGUUGGAGCUAGGGUUAGGGCUAGGGUUAGUGUUGGAGCUAGGGUUAGGGUUGGGCUUGGAGCUAGGAUUUUUCUGAGUGCAAUGAACCAACUCCCGAGUCUCUAGGACGUUCCUAAAAAAAUUUGAUUUUUUCCCAUAGGAAUGCAUGGGUUAGGGUUAGGGUUGGAGCUAGGGUUAGGGUUAGGGUUAGGGUUGGAGUUAGGGUUAGUGUUGGAGCUAGGGUUAGGGUUGGGCUUGGAGCUAGGAUUUUUCUGAGUGCAAUGAACCAACUCCCGAGUCUCUAGGACGUUCCUAAAAAAAUUUGAUUUUUUCCCAUAGGAAUGCAUGGGUUAGGGUUAGGGUUAGGGUUGGAGCUAGGGUUAGGGCUAGGGUUAGGGUUGGAGCUAGGGUUAGGGUUGGGCUUGGAGCUAGGAUUUUUCUGAGUGCAAUGAACCAACUCCCGAGUCUCUAGGACGUUCCUAAAAAAAAUUGAUUUUUUCCCAUAGGAAUGCAUGGGUUAGGGUUAGGGUUAGGGUUGGAGCUAGGGUUAGGGUUAGGGUUAGGGUUGGAGUUAGGGUUAGUGUUGGAGCUAGGGUUAGGGUUGGGCUUGGAGCUAGGAUUUUUCUGAGUGCAAUGAACCAACUCCCGAGUCUCUAGGACGUUCCUAAAAAAAUUUGAUUUUUUCCCAUAGGAAUGCAUGGGUUAGGGUUAGGGUUAGGGUUGGAGCUAGGGUUAGGGUUAGGGUUAGGGUUGGAGUUAGGGUUAGUGUUGGAGCUAGGGUUAGGGUUGGGCUUGGAGCUAGGAUUUUUCUGAGUGCAAUGAACCAACUCCCGAGUCUCUAGGACGUUCCUAAAAAAAUUUGAUUUUUUCCCAUAGGAAUGCAUGGGUUAGGGUUAGGGUUAGGGUUAGGGUUGGAGCUAGGGUUAGGGUUAGGGUUAGGGUUGGAGUUAGGGUUAGUGUUGGAGCUAGGGUUAGGGUUGGGCUUGGAGCUAGGAUUUUUCUGAGUGCAAUGAACCAACUCCCGAGUCUCUAGGACGUUCCUAAAAAAAUUUGAUUUUUUCCCAUAGGAAUGCAUGGGUUAGGGUUAGGGUUAGGGUUGGAGCUAGGGUUAGGGUUAGGGUUAGGGUUGGAGUUAGGGUUAGUGUUGGAGCUAGGGUUAGGGUUGGGCUUGGAGCUAGGAUUUUUCUGAGUGCAAUGAACCAACUCCCGAGUCUCUAGGACGUUCCUAAAAAAAUUUGAUUUUUUCCCAUAGGAAUGCAUGGGUUAGGGUUAGGGUUAGGGUUGGAGCUAGGGUUAGGGUUAGGGUUAGGGUUGGAGUUAGGGUUAGUGUUGGAGCUAGGGUUAGGGUUGGGCUUGGAGCUAGGAUUUUUCUGAGUGGAAUGAACCAACUCCCGAGUCUCUAGGACGUUCCUAAAAAAAUUUGAUUUUUUCCCAUAGGAAUGCAUGGGUUAGGGUUAGGGUUAGGGUUGGAGCUAGGGUUAGGGUUAGGGUUAGGGUUGGAGUUAGGGUUAGUGUUGGAGCUAGGGUUAGGGUUGGGCUUGGAGCUAGGAUUUUUCUGAGUGCACUGAACCAACUCCCGAGUCUCUAGGACAUUCCUAAAAAAAUUUGAUUUUUUCCCAUAGGAAUGCAUGGGUUAGGGUUAUGGUUAGGGUUAGGGUUGGAGCUAGGGUUAGGGUUAGGGUUAGGGUUGGAGUUAGGGUUAGUGUUGGAGCUAGGGUUAGGGUUGGGCUUGGAGCUAGGAUUUUUCUGAGUGCACUGAACCAACUCCCGAGUCUCUAGGACAUUCCUAAAAAAAUUUGAUUUUUUCCCAUAGGAAUGCAUGGGUUAGGGUUAGGGUUAGGGUUGGAGCUAGGGUUAGGGUUAGGGUUAGGGUUGGAGUUAGGGUUAGUGUUGGAGCUAGGGUUAGGGUUGGGCUUGGAGCUAGGAUUUUUCUGAGUGCACUGAACCAACUCCCGAGUCUCUAGGACAUUCCUAAAAAAAUUUGAUUUUUUCCCAUAGGAAUGCAUGGGUUAGGGUUAUGGUUAGGGUUAGGGUUGGAGCUAGGGUUAGGGUUAGGGUUAGGGUUGGAGUUAGGGUUAGUGUUGGAGCUAGGGUUAGGGUUGGGCUUGGAGCUAGGACUUUUCUGAGUGCAAUGAACCAACUCCCGAGUCUCUAGGACGUUCCCUAAAAAAAAUUGAUUUUUUCCCAUAGGAAUGCAUGGGUUAGGGUUAGGGUUAGGGUUGGGGCUAGGGUUAGGGUUAGGGUUAGGGUUGGAGUUAGGGUUAGUGUUGGAGCUAGGGUUAGGGUUGGGCUUGGAGCUAGGAUUUUUCUGAGUGCACUGAACCAACUCCCGAGUCUCUAGGACAUUCCUAAAAAAAAUUGAUUUUUUCCCAUAGGAAUGCAUGGGUUAGGGUUAUGGUUAGGGUUAGGGUUGGAGCUAGGGUUAGGGUUAGGGUUAGGGUUGGAGUUAGGGUUAGUGUUGGAGCUAGGGUUAGGGUUGGGCUUGGAGCUAGGAUUUUUCUGAGUGCACUGAACCAACUCCUGAGUCUCUAGGACAUUCCUAAAAAAAUUUGAUUUUUUCCCAUAGGAAUGCAUGGGUUAGGGUUAUGGUUAGGGUGAGGGUUGGAGCUAGGGUUAGGGUUAGGGUUAGGGUUGGAGUUAGGGUUAGUGUUGGAGCUAGGGUUAGGGUUGGGCUUGGAGCUAGGAUUUUUCUGAGUGCACUGAACCAACUCCCGAGUCUCUAGGACAUUCCUAAAAAAUUUGAUUUUUUCCCAUAGGAAUGCAUGGGUUAGGGUUAGGGUUAGGGUUGGAGCUAGGGUUAGGGUUAGGGUUAGGGUUGGAGUUAGGGUUAGUGUUGGAGCUAGGGUUAGGGUUGGGCUUGGAGCUAGGAUUUUUCUGAGUGCACUGAACCAACUCCCGAGUCUCUAGGACAUUCCUAAAAAAAUUUGAUUUUUUUCCCAUAGGAAUGCAUGGGUUAGGGUUAUGGUUAGGGUUAGGGUUGGAGCUAGGGUUAGGGUUAGGGUUGGAGUUAGGGUUAGUGUUGGAGCUAGGGUUAGGGUUGGGCUUGGAGCUAGGAUUUUUCUGAGUGCAAUGAACCAACUCCCGAGUCUCUUGGACGUUCCUAAAAAAAUUUGAUUUUUUCCCAUAGGAAUGCAUGGUUUAGGGUUAGGGUUAGGGUUGGAGCUAGGGUUAGGGUUAGGGUUAGGGUUGGAGUUAGGGUUAGUGUUGGAGCUCGGGUUAGGGUUGGGCUUGGAGCUAGGAUUUUUCUGAGUGGAAUGAACCAACUCCCGAGUCUCUAGGACGUUCCUAAAAAAAUUUGAUUUUUUCCCAUAGGAAUGCAUGGGUUAGGGUUAGGGUUAGGGUUGGAGCUAGGGUUAGGGUUAGGGUUAGGGUUGGAGUUAGGGUUAGUGUUGGAGCUAGGGUUAGGGUUGGGCUUGGAGCUAGGACUUUUCUGAGUGCAAUGAACCAACUCCCGAGUCUCUAGGACGUUCCCUAAAAAAAAUUGAUUUUUUCCCAUAGGAAUGCAUGGGUUAGGGUUAGGGUUAGGGUUGGAGCUAGGGUUAGGGUUAGGGUUAGGGUUGGAGUUAGGGUUAGUGUUGGAGCUAGGGUUAGGGUUGGGCUUGGAGCUAGGAUUUUUCUGAGUGCACUGAACCAACUCCCGAGUCUCUAGGACAUUCCUAAAAAAAUUUGAUUUUUCCCAUAGGAAUGCAUGGGUUAGGGUUAUGGUUAGGGUUAGGGUUGGAGCUAGGGUUAGGGUUAGGGUUAGGGUUGGAGUUAGGGUUAGUGUUGGAGCUAGGGUUAGGGUUGGGCUUGGAGCUAGGAUUUUUCUGAGUGCACUGAACCAACUCCCGAGUCUCUAGGACAUUCCUAAAAAAAUUUGAUUUUUUCCCAUAGGAAUGCAUGGGUUAGGGUUAUGGUUAGGGUUAGGGUUGGAGCUAGGGUUAGGGUUAGGGUUAGGGUUGGAGUUAGGGUUAGUGUUGGAGCUAGGGUUAGGGUUGGGCUUGGAGCUAGGAUUUUUCUGAGUGCACUGAACCAACUCCCGAGUCUCUAGGACGUUCCUAAAAAAAUUUGAUUUUUUCCCAUAGGAAUGCAUGGGUUAGGGUUAGGGUUAGGGUUGGAGCUAGGGUUAGGGUUAGGGUUAGGGUUAGGGUUGGAGUUAGGGUUAGUGUUGGAGCUAGGGUUAGGGUUGGGCUUGGAGCUAGGAUUUUUCUGAGUGCACUGAACCAACUCCCGAGUCUCUAGGACAUUCCUAAAAAAAUUUGAUUUUUUCCCAUAGGAAUGCAUGGGUUAGGGUUAUGGUUAGGGUUAGGGUUGGAGCUAGGGUUAGGGUUAGGGUUAGGGUUGGAGUUAGGGUUAGUGUUGGAGCUAGGGUUAGGGUUGGGCUUGGAGCUAGGAUUUUUCUGAGUGCACUGAACCAACUCCCGAGUCUCUAGGACAUUCCUAAAAAAAUUUGAUUUUUUCCCAUAGGAAUGCAUGGGUUAGGGUUAGGGUUAGGGUUGGAGCUAGGGUUAGGGUUAAGGUUAGGGUUGGAGUUAGGGUUAGUGUUGGAGCUAGGGUUAGGGUUGGGCUUGGAGCUAGGAUUUUUCUGAGUGCACUGAACCAACUCCCGAGUCUCUAGGACAUUCCUAAAAAAAUUUGAUUUUUUCCCAUAGGAAUGCAUGGGUUAGGGUUAUGGUUAGGGUUAGGGUUGGAGCUAGGGUUAGGGUUAGGGUUAGGGUUGGAGUUAGGGUUAGUGUUGGAGCUAGGGUUAGGGUUGGGCUUGGAGCUAGGACUUUUCUGAGUGCAAUGAACCAACUCCCGAGUCUCUAGGACGUUCCCUAAAAAAAUUUGAUUUUUUCCCAUAGGAAUGCAUGGGUUAGGGUUAGGGUUAGGGUUGGAGCUAGGGUUAGGGUUAGGGUUAGGGUUGGAGUUAGGGUUAGUGUUGGAGCUAGGGUUAGGGUUGGGCUUGGAGCUAGGAUUUUUCUGAGUGCACUGAACCAACUCCCGAGUCUCUAGGACAUUCCUAAAAAAAUUUGAUUUUUCCCAUAGGAAUGCAUGGGUUAGGGUUAUGGUUAGGGUUAGGGUUGGAGCUAGGGUUAGGGUUAGGGUUAGGGUUGGAGUUAGGGUUAGUGUUGGAGCUAGGGUUAGGGUUGGGCUUGGAGCUAGGAUUUUUCUGAGUGCACUGAACCAACUCCCGAGUCUCUAGGACAUUCCUAAAAAAAUUUGAUUUUUUCCCAUAGGAAUGCAUGGGUUAGGGUUAUGGUUAGGGUUAGGGUUGGAGCUAGGGUUAGGGUUAGGGUUAGGGUUGGAGUUAGGGUUAGUGUUGGAGCUAGGGUUAGGGUUGGGCUUGGAGCUAGGAUUUUUCUGAGUACAAUGAACCAACUCCCGAGUCUCUUGGACGUUCCUAAAAAAAUUAGAUUUUUUCCCAUAGGAAUGCAUGGGUUAGGGUUAUGGUUAGGGUUGGAGCUAGGGUUAGGGUUAGGGUUAGGGUUGGAGUUAGGGUUAGUGUUGGAGCUAGGGUUAGGGUUGGGCUUGGAGCUAGGAUUUUUCUGAGUGCAAUGAACCAACUCCCGAGUCUCUAGGACGUUCCUAAAAAAAUUUGAUUUUUUCCCAUAGGAAUGCAUGGGUUAGGGUUAGGGUUAGGGUUGGAGCUAGGGUUAGGGUUAGGGUUAGGGUUGGAGUUAGGGUUAGUGUUGGAGCUAGGGUUAGGGUUGGGCUUGGAGCUAGGAUUUUUCUGAGUGCACUGAACCAACUCCCGAGUCUCUAGGACAUUCCUAAAAAAAUUUGAUUUUUUCCCAUAGGAAUGCAUGGGUUAGGGUUAUGGUUAGGGUUAGGGUUGGAGCUAGGGUUAGGGUUAGGGUUAGGGUUGGAGUUAGGGUUAGUGUUGGAGCUAGGGUUAGGGUUGGGCUUGGAGCUAGGAUUUUUCUGAGUGCACUGAACCAACUCCCGAGUCUCUAGGACAUUCCUAAAAAAAAAUAAUUUUUUUCCCAUAGGAAUGCAUGGGUUAGGGUUAUGGUUUGGGUUAGGGUUGGAGCUAGGGUUAGGGUUAGGGUUAGGGUUGGAGUUAGGGUUAGUGUUGGAGCUAGGGUUAGGGUUGGGCUUGGAGCUAGGAUUUUUCUGAGUGCAAUGAACCAACUCCCGAGUCUCUUGGACGUUCCUAAAAAAAUUUGAUUUUUUCCCAUAGGAAUGCAUGGGUUAGGGUUAGGGUUAGGGUUGGAGCUAGGGUUAGGGUUAGGGUUAGGGUUGGAGUUAGGGUUAGUGUUGGAGCUAGGGUUAGGGUUGGGCUUGGAGCUAGGAUUUUUCUGAGUGCAAUGAACCAACUCCCGAGUCUCUAGGACGUUCCUAAAAAAAUUUGAUUUUUUCCCAUAGGAAUGCAUGGGUUAGGGUUAGGGUUAGGGUUGGAGCUAGGGUUAGGGUUAGGGUUAGGGUUGGAGUUAGGGUUAGUGUUGGAGCUAGGGUUAGGGUUGGGCUUGGAGCUAGGAUUUUUCUGAGUGCACUGAACCAACUCCCGAGUCUCUAGGACAUUCCUAAAAAAAUUGAUUUUUUCCCAUAGGAAUGCAUGGGUUAGGGUUAUGGUUAGGGUUAGGGUUGGAGCUAGGGUUAGGGUUAGGGUUAGGGUUGGAGUUAGGGUUAGUGUUGGAGCUAGGGUUAGGGUUGGGCUUGGAGCUAGGACUUUUCUGAGUGCAAUGAACCAACUCCCGAGUCUCUAGGACGUUCCCUAAAAAAAAUUGAUUUUUUCCCAUAGGAAUGCAUGGGUUAGGGUUAGGGUUAGGGUUGGAGCUAGGGUUAGGGUUAGGGUUAGGGUUGGAGUUAGGGUUAGUGUUGGAGCUAGGGUUAGGGUUGGGCUUGGAGCUAGGAUUUUUCUGAGUGCACUGAACCAACUCCUGAGUCUCUAGGACAUUCCUAAAAAAAUUUGAUUUUUCCCAUAGGAAUGCAUGGGUUAGGGUUAUGGUUAGGGUUAGGGUUGGAGCUAGGGUUAGGGUUAGGGUUAGGGUUGGAGUUAGGGUUAGUGUUGGAGCUAGGGUUAGGGUUGGGCUUGGAGCUAGGAUUUUUCUGAGUGCACUGAACCAACUCCCGAGUCUCUAGGACAUUCCUAAAAAAAUUUGAUUUUUUCCCAUAGGAAUGCAUGGGUUAGGGUUAGGGUUAGGGUUAGGGUUGGAGCUAGGGUUAGGGUUAGGGUUAGGGUUGGAGUUAGGGUUAGUGUUGGAGCUAGGGUUAGGGUUGGGCUUGGAGCUAGCAUUUUUCUGAGUGCACUGAACCAACUCCCGAGUCUCUAGGACAUUCCUAAAAAAAUUGAUUUUUUCCCAUAGGAAUGCAUGGGUUAGGGUUAUGGUUAGGGUUAGGGUUGGAGCUAGGGUUAGGGUUAGGGUUAGGGUUAGGGUUGGAGUUAGGGUUAGUGUUGGAGCUAGGGUUAGGGUUGGGCUUGGAGCUAGCAUUUUUCUGAGUGCACUGAACCAACUCCCGAGUCUCUAGGACAUUCCUAAAAAAAUUUGAUUUUUUUCCCAUAGGAAUGCAUGGGUUAGGGUUAGGGUUAGGGUUGGAGCUAGGGUUAGGGUUAGGGUUAGGGUUGGAGUUAGGGUUAGUGUUGGAGCUAGGGUUAGGGUUGGGCUUGGAGCUAGGAUUUUUCUGAGUGCACUGAACCAACUCCCGAGUCUCUAGGACAUUCCUAAAAAAAUUUGAUUUUUUCCCAUAGGAAUGCAUGGGUUAGGGUUAGGGUUGGAGCUAGGGUUAGGGUUAGGGUUAGGGUUGGAGUUAGGGUUAGUGUUGGAGCUAGGGUUAGGGUUGGGCUUGGAGCUAGGAUUUUUCUGAGUGCACUGAACCAACUCCCGAGUCUCUAGGACAUUCCUAAAAAAAUUUGAUUUUUUCCCAUAGGAAUGCAUGGGUUAGGGUUAUGGUUAGGGUUAGGGUUGGAGCUAGGGUUAGGGUUAGGGUUAGGGUUGGAGUUAGGGUUAGUGUUGGAGCUGGGGUUAGGGUUGGGCUUGGAGCUAGGACUUUUCUGAGUGCAAUGAACCAACUCCCGAGUCUCUAGGACGUUCCCUAAAAAAAAUUGAUUUUUUCCCAUAGGAAUGCAUGGGUUAGGGUUAGGGUUAGGGUUGGAGCUAGGGUUAGGGUUAGGGUUAGGGUUGGAGUUAGGGUUAGUGUUGGAGCUAGGGUUAGGGUUGGGCUUGGAGCUAGGAUUUUUCUGAGUGCACUGAACCAACUCCCGAGUCUCUAGGACAUUCCUAAAAAAAUUUGAUUUUUUCCCAUAGGAAUGCAUGGGUUAGGGUUAUGGUUAGGGUUAGGGUUGGAGCUAGGGUUAGGGUUAGGGUUAGGGUUGGAGUAAGGGUUAGUGUUGGAGCUAGGGUUAGGGUUGGGCUUGGAGCUAGGAUUUUUCUGAGUGCACUGAACCAACUCCCGAGUCUCUAGGACAUUCCUAAAAAAAUUUGAUUUUUUCCCAUAGGAAUGCAUGGGUUAGGGUUAUGGUUAGGGUUAGGGUUGGAGCUAGGGUUAGGGUUAGGGUUAGGGUUGGAGUUAGGGUUAGUGUUGGAGCUAGGGUUAGGGUUGGGCUUGGAGCUAGCAUUUUUCUGAGUGCACUGAACCAACUCCCGAGUCUCUAGGACGUUCCUAAAAAAAUUUGAUUUUUUCCCAUAGGAAUGCAUGGGUUAGGGUUAUGGUUAGGGUUAGGGUUGGAGCUAGGGUUAGGGUUAGGGUUAGGGUUAGGGUUGGAGUUAGGGUUAGUGUUGGAGCUAGGGUUAGGGUUGGGCUUGGAGCUAGGAUUUUUCUGAGUGCACUGAACCAACUCCCGAGUCUCUAGGACAUUCCCUAAAAAAAUUUGAUUUUUUUCCCAUAGGAAUGCAUGGGUUAGGGUUAUGGUUAGGGUUAGGGUUGGAGCUAGGGUUAGGGUUAGGGUUAGGGUUGGAGUUAGGGUUAGUGUUGGAGCUAGGGUUAGGGUUGGGCUUGGAGCUAGGACUUUUCUGAGUGCAAUGAACCAACUCCCGAGUCUCUAGGACGUUCCCUAAAAAAAUUUGAUUUUUUCCCAUAGGAAUGCAUGGGUUAGGGUUAGGGUUAGGGUUGGAGCUAGGGUUAGGGUUAGGGUUAGGGUUGGAGUUAGGGUUAGUGUUGGAGCUAGGGUUAGGGUUGGGCUUGGAGCUAGGAUUUUUCUGAGUGCACUGAACCAACUCCCGAGUCUCUAGGACAUUCCUAAAAAAAAUUGAUUUUUUUCCCAUAGGAAUGCAUGGGUUAGGGUUAUGGUUUGGGUUAGGGUUGGAGCUAGGGUUAGGGUUAGGGUUAGGGUUGGAGUUAGGGUUAGUGUUGGAGCUAGGGUUAGGGUUGGGCUUGGAGCUAGGAUUUUUCUGAGUGCAAUGAACCAACUCCCGAGUCUCUAGGACGUUCCUAAAAAAAUUUGAUUUUUUCCCAUAGGAAUGCAUGGGUUAGGGUUAGGGUUAGGGUUGGAGCUAGGGUUAGGGUUAGGGUUAGGGUUGGAGUUAGGGUUAGUGUUGGAGCUAGGGUUAGGGUUGGGCUUGGAGCUAGGAUUUUUCUGAGUGCACUGAACCAACUCCCGAGUCUCUAGGACAUUCCUAAAAAAAUUGAUUUUUUCCCAUAGGAAUGCAUGGUUUAGGGUUUUGGUUAGGGUUAGGGUUGGAGCUAGGGUUAGGGUUAGGGUUAGGGUUGGAGUUAGGGUUAGUGUUGGAGCUAGGGUUAGGGUUGGGCUUGGAGCUAGGACUUUUCUGAGUGCAAUGAACCAACUCCCGAGUCUCUAGGACGUUCCCUAAAAAAAUUUGAUUUUUUCCCAUAGGAAUGCAUGGGUUAGGGUUAGGGUUAGGGUUGGAGCUAGGGUUAGGGUUAGGGUUAGGGUUGGAGUUAGGGUUAGUGUUGGAGCUAGGGUUAGGGUUGGGCUUGGAGCUAGGAUUUUUCUGAGUGCACUGAACCAACUCCUGAGUCUCUAGGACAUUCCUAAAAAAAUUUGAUUUUUUCCCAUAGGAAUGCAUGGGUUAGGGUUAUGGUUAGGGUUAGGGUUGGAGCUAGGGUUAGGGUUAGGGUUAGGGUUGGAGUUAGGGUUAGUGUUGGAGCUAGGGUUAGGGUUGGGCUUGGAGCUAGGAUUUUUCUGAGUGCACUGAACCAACUCCCGAGUCUCUAGGACAUUCCUAAAAAAAUUUGAUUUUUUUCCCAUAGGAAUGCAUGGGUUAGGGUUAUGGUUAGGGUUAGGGUUGGAGCUAGGGUUAGGGUUAGGGUUAGGGUUGGAGUUAGGGUUAGUGUUGGAGCUAGGGUUAGGGUUGGGCUUGGAGCUAGCAUUUUUCUGAGUGCACUGAACCAACUCCCGAGUCUCUAGGACAUUCCUAAAAAAAUUUGAUUUUUUCCCAUAGGAAUGCAUGGGUUAGGGUUAUGGUUAGGGUUAGGGUUGGAGCUAGGGUUAGGGUUAGGGUUAGGGUUAGGGUUGGAGUUAGGGUUAGUGUUGGAGCUAGGGUUAGGGUUGGGCUUGGAGCUAGCAUUAUUCUGAGUGCACUGAACCAACUCCCGAGUCUCUAGGACAUUCCUAAAAAAAUUUGAUUUUUUCCCAUAGGAAUGCAUGGGUUAGGGUUAUGGUUAGGGUUAGGGUUGGAGCUAGGGUUAGGGUUAGGGUUAGGGUUGGAGUUAGGGUUAGUGUUGGAGCUAGGGUUAGGGUUGGGCUUGGAGCUAGGAUUUUUCUGAGUGCACUGAACCAACUCCCGAGUCUCUAGGACAUUCCUAAAAAAAUUUGAUUUUUUCCCAUAGGAAUGCAUGGGUUAGGGUUAGGGUUGGGGUUGGAGCUAGGGUUAGGGUUAGGGUUAGGGUUGGAGUUAGGGUUAGUGUUGGAGCUAGGGUUAGGGUUGGGCUUGGAGCUAGGAUUUUUCUGAGUGCAAUGAACCAACUCCCGAGUCUCUUGGACGUUCCUAAAAAAAUUUGAUUUUUUCCCAUAGGAAUGCAUGGGUUAGGGUUAGGGUUAGGGUUGGAGCUAGGGUUAGGGUUAGGGUUAGGGUUGGAGUUAGGGUUAGUGUUGGAGCUAGGGUUAGGGUUGGGCUUGGAGCUAGGAUUUUUCUGAGUGCAAUGAACCAACUCCCGAGUCUCUAGGACGUUCCCUAAAAAAAUUUGAUUUUUUCCCAUAGGAAUGCAUGGGUUAGGGUUAGGGUUAGGGUUGGAGCUAGGGUUAGGGUUAGGGUUAGGGUUGGAGUUAGGGUUAGUGUUGGAGCUAGGGUUAGGGUUGGGGUUAGGGUUGGAGUUAGGGUUAGUGUUGGAGCUAGGGUUAGGGUUGGGCUUGGAGCUAGGACUUUUCUGAGUGCAAUGAACCAACUCCCGAGUCUCUUGGACGUUCCUAAAAAAAUUUGAUUUUUUCCCAUAGGAAUGCAUAGGGUUAGGGUUAGGGUUAGGGUUGGAGCUAGGGUUAGGGUUAGGGUUAGGGUUGGAGUUAGGGUUAGUGUUGGAGCUAGGGUUAGGGUUGGGCUUGGAGCUAGGAUUUUUCUGAGUGCAAUGAACCAACUCCCGAGUCUCUAGGACUUUCCUAAAAAAAUUUGAUUUUUUCCCAUAGGAAUGCAUGGGUUAGGGUUAGGGUUAGGGUUGGAGCUAGGGUUAGGGCUAGGGUUAGGGUUGGAGUUAGGGUUAGUGUUGGAGCUAGGGUUAGGGUUGGGCUUGGAGCUAGGACUUUUCUGAGUGCAAUGAACCAACUCCCGAGUCUCUAGGACGUUCCCUAAAAAAAUUUGAUUUUUUCCCAUAGGAAUGCAUGGGUUAGGGUUAGGGUUAGGGUUGGAGCUAGGGUUAGGGUUAGGGUUAGGGUUGGAGUUAGGGUUAGUGUUGGAGCUAGGGUUAGGGUUGGGCUUGGAGCUAGGAUUUUUCUGAGUGCACUGAACCAACUCCCGAGUCUCUAGGACAUUCCUAAAAAAAUUUGAUUUUUUCCCAUAGGAAUGCAUGGGUUAGGGUUAUGGUUAGGGUUAGGGUUGGAGCUAGGGUUAGGGUUAGGGUUAGGGUUGGAGUUAGGGUUAGUGUUGGAGCUAGGGUUAGGGUUGGGCUUGGAGCUAGGAUUUUUCUGAGUGCACUGAACCAACUCCCGAGUCUCUAGGACAUUCCUAAAAAAAUUGAUUUUUUUCCCAUAGGAAUGCAUGGGUUAGGGUUAUGGUUAGGGUUAGGGUUGGAGCUAGGGUUAGGGUUAGGGUUAGGGUUGGAGUUAGGGUUAGUGUUGGAGCUAGGGUUAGGGUUGGGCUUGGAGCUAGGAUUUUUCUGAGUGCAAUGAACCAACUCCCGAGUCUCUUGGACGUCCUAAAAAAAUUUGAUUUUUUCCCAUAGGAAUGCAUGGGUUAGGGUUAGGGUUAGGGUUGGAGCUAGGGUUAGGGUUAGGGUUAGGGUUGGAGUUAGGGUUAGUGUUGGAGCUAGGGUUAGGGUUGGGCUUGGAGCUAGGAUUUUUCUGAGUGCAAUGAACCAACUCCCGAGUCUCUAGGACGUUCCUAAAAAAAUUUGAUUUUUUCCCAUAGGAAUGCAUGGGUUAGGGUUAGGGUUAGGGUUGGAGCUAGGGUUAGGGUUAGGGUUAGGGUUGGAGUUAGGGUUAGUGUUGGAGCUAGGGUUAGGGUUGGGCUUGGAGCUAGGACUUUUCUGAGUGCAAUGAACCAACUCCCGAGUCUCUAGGACGUUCCCUAAAAAAAUUUGAUUUUUUCCCAUAGGAAUGCAUGGGUUAGGGUUAGGGUUAGGGUUGGAGCUAGGGUUAGGGUUAGGGUUAGGGUUGGAGUUAGGGUUAGUGUUGGAGCUAGGGUUAGGGUUGGGCUUGGAGCUAGGAUUUUUCUGAGUGCAAUGAACCAACUCCCGAGUCUCUAGGACGUUCCUAAAAAAAUUUGAUUUUUUCCCAUAGGAAUGCAUGGGUUAGGGUUAGGGUUAGGGUUGGAGCUAGGGUUAGGGUUAGGGUUAGGGUUGGAGUUAGGGUUAGUGUUGGAGCUAGGGUUAGUGUUGGGCUUGGAGCUAGGACUUUUCUGAGUGCAAUGAACCAACUCCCGAGUCUCUAGGACGUUCCUAAAAAAAUUUGAUUUUUUCCCAUAGGAAUGCAUGGGUUAGGGUUAGGGUUAGGGUUGGAGCUAGGGUUAGGGUUAGGGUUAGGGUUGGAGUUAGGGUUAGUGUUGGAGCUAGGGUUAGGGUUGGGCUUGGAGCUAGGAUUUUUCUGAGUGCACUGAACCAACUCCCGAGUCUCUAGGACAUUCCUAAAAAAAUUUGAUUUUUUUCCCAUAGGAAUGCAUGGGUUAGGGUUAUGGUUAGGGUUAGGGUUGGAGCUAGGGUUAGGGUUAGGGUUAGGGUUGGAGUUAGGGUUAGUGUUGGAGCUAGGGUUAGGGUUGGGCUUGGAGCUAGGAUUUUUCUGAGUGCAAUGAACCAACUCCCGAGUCUCUAGGACGUUCCUAAAAAAAUUUGAUUUUUUCCCAUAGGAAUGCAUGGGUUAGGGUUAGGGUUAGGGUUGGAGCUAGGGUUAGGGUUAGGGUUAGGGUUGGAGUUAGGGUUAGUGUUGGAGCUAGGGUUAGGGUUGGGCUUGGAGCUAGGAAUUUUCUGAGUGCAAUGAACCAACUCCAGAGUCUCUAGGACGUUCCUAAAAAAUUUGAUUUUUUCCCAUAGGAAUGCAUGGGUUAGGGUUAGGGUUAGGGUUAGGGUUGGAGCUAGGGUUAGGGUUAGGGUUAGGGUUGGAGUUAGGGUUAGUGUUGGAGCUAGGGUUAGGGUUGGGCUUGGAGCUAGGACUUUUCUGAGUGCAAUGAACCAACUCCCGAGUCUCUAGGACGUUCCCUAAAAAAAUUUGAUUUUUUCCCAUAGGAAUGCAUGGGUUAGGGUUAGGGUUAGGGUUGGAGCUAGGGUUAGGGUUAGGGUUAGGGUUGGAGUUAGGGUUAGUGUUGGAGCUAGGGUUAGGGUUGGGCUUGGAGCUAGGAUUUUUCUGAGUGCACUGAACCAACUCCCGAGUCUCUAGGACAUUCCUAAAAAAAUUUGAUUUUUUCCCAUAGGAAUGCAUGGGUUAGGGUUAUGGUUAGGGUUAGGGUUGGAGCUAGGGUUAGGGUUAGGGUUAGGGUUGGAGUUAGGGUUAGUGUUGGAGCUAGGGUUAGGGUUGGGCUUGGAGCUAGGAUUUUUCUGAGUGCACUGAACCAACUCCCGAGUCUCUAGGACAUUCCUAAAAAAAUUGAUUUUUUCCCAUAGGAAUGCAUGGGUUAGGGUUAUGGUUAGGGUUAGGGUUGGAGCUAGGGUUAGGGUUAGGGUUAGGGUUGGAGUUAGGGUUAGUGUUGGAGCUAGGGUUAGGGUUGGGCUUGGAGCUAGGAUUUUCUGAGUGCAAUGAACCAACUCCCGAGUCUCUAGGACGUUCCUAAAAAAAUUUGAUUUUUUCCCAUAGGAAUGCAUGGGUUAGGGUUAGGGUUAGGGUUGGAGCUAGGGUUAGGGUUAGGGUUAGGGUUGGAGUUAGGGUUAGUGUUGGAGCUAGGGUUAGGGUUGGGCUUGGAGCUAGGAUUUUUCUGAGUGCAAUGAACCAACUCCCGAGUCUCUAGGACGUUCCUAAAAAAAUUUGAUUUUUUCCCAUAGGAAUGCAUGGGUUAGGGUUAGGGUUAGGGUUGGAGCUAGGGUUAGGGUUAGGGUUAGGGUUGGAGUUAGGGUUAGUGUUGGAGCUAGGGUUAGGGUUGGGCUUGGAGCUAGGAUUUUUCUGAGUGCACUGAACCAACUCCCGAGUCUCUAGGACAUUCCUAAAAAAAUUUGAUUUUUUCCCAUAGGAAUGCAUGGGUUAGGGUUAUGGUUAGGGUUAGGGUUGGAGCUAGGGUUAGGGUUAGGGUUAGGGUUGGAGUUAGGGUUAGUGUUGGAGCUAGGGUUAGGGUUGGGCUUGGAGCUAGGAUUUUUCUGAGUGCACUGAACCAACUCCCGAGUCUCUAGGACAUUCCUAAAAAAAUUUGAUUUUUUCCCAUAGGAAUGCAUGGGUUAGGGUUAUGGUUAGGGUUAGGGUUGGAGCUAGGGUUAGGGUUGGAGCUAGGGUUAGGGUUAGGGUUAGGGUUGGAGUUAGGGUUAGUGUUGGAGCUAGGGUUAGGGUUGGGCUUGGAGCUAGGAUUUUUCUGAGUACAAUGAACCAACUCCCGAGUCUCUUGGACGUUCCUAAAAAAAUUUGAUUUUUUCCCAUAGGAAUGCAUGGGUUAGGGUUAGGGUUAGGGUUAGGGUUGGAGCUAGGGUUAGGGUUAGGGUUAGGGUUGGAGUUAGGGUUAGUGUUGGAGCUAGGGUUAGGGUUGGGCUUGGAGCUAGGAUUUUUCUGAGUGCACUGAACCAACUCCCGAGUCUCUAGGACAUUCCUAAAAAAAUUUGAUUUUUUCCCAUAGGAAUGCAUGGGUUAGGGUUAUGGUUAGGGUUAGGGUUGGAGCUAGGGUUAGGGUUAGGGUUAGGGUUGGAGUUAGGGUUAGUGUUGGAGCUAGGGUUAGGGUUGGGCUUGGAGCUAGGAUUUUUCUGAGUGCACUGAACCAACUCCCGAGUCUCUAGGACAUUCCUAAAAAAAUUUGAUUUUUUUCCCAUAGGAAUGCAUGGGUUAGGGUUAUGUUAGGGUUAGGGUUGGAGCUAGGGUUAGGGUUAGGGUUAGGGUUGGAGUUAGGGUUAGUGUUGGAGCUAGGGUUAGGGUUGGGCUUGGAGCUAGGACUUUUCUGAGUGCAAUGAACCAACUCCCGAGUCUCUUGGACGUUCCUAAAAAAAUUUGAUUUUUUCCCAUAGGAAUGCAUGGGUUAGGGUUAGGGUUAGGGUUGGAGCUAGGGUUAGGGUUAGGGUUAGGGUUGGAGUUAGGGUUAGUGUUGGAGCUAGGGUUAGGGUUGGGCUUGGAGCUAGGAUUUUUCUGAGUGCAAUGAACCAACUCCCGAGUCUCUAGGACGUUCCUAAAAAAAUUUGAUUUUUUCCCAUAGGAAUGCAUGGGUUAGGGUUAGGGUUAGGGUUGGAGCUAGGGUUAGGGUUAGGGUUAGGGUUGGAGUUAGGGUUAGUGUUGGAGCUAGGGUUAGGGUUGGGCUUGGAGCUAGGAUUUUUCUGAGUGCACUGAACCAACUCCCGAGUCUCUAGGACAUUCCUAAAAAAAUUUGAUUUUUUCCCAUAGGAAUGCAUGGGUUAGGGUUAGGGUUAGGGUUGGAGCUAGGGUUAGGGUUAGGGUUAGGGUUGGAGUUAGGGUUAGUGUUGGAGCUAGGGUUAGGGUUGGGCUUGGAGCUAGGAUUUUUCUGAGUGCACUGAACCAACUCCCGAGUCUCUAGGACAUUCCUAAAAAAAAUUGAUUUUUUUCCCAUAGGAAUGCAUGGGUUAGGGUUAUGGUUAGGGUUAGGGUUGGAGCUAGGGUUAGGGUUAGGGUUAGGGUUGGAGUUAGGGUUAGUGUUGGAGCUAGGGUUAGGGUUGGGCUUGGAGCUAGGACUUUUCUGAGUGCAAUGAACCAACUCCCGAGUCUCUUGGACGUUCCUAAAAAAAUUUGAUUUUUUCCCAUAGGAAUGCAUGGGUUAGGGUUAGGGUUAGGGCUGGAGCUAGGGUUAGGGUUAGGGUUAGGGUUGGAGUUAGGGUUAGUGUUGGAGCUAGGGUUAGGGUUGGGCUUGGAGCUAGGAUUUUUCUGAGUGCAAUGAACCAACUCCCGAGUCUCUAGGACGUUCCUAAAAAAAUUUGAUUUUUUCCCAUAGGAAUGCAUGGGUUAGGGUUAGGGUUAGGGUUGGAGCUAGGGUUAGGGUUAGGGUUAGGGUUGGAGUUAGGGUUAGUGUUGGAGCUAGGGUUAGGGUUGGGCUUGGAGCUAGGAUUUUUCUGAGUGCACUGAACCAACUCCCGAGUCUCUAGGACAUUCCUAAAAAAAAUUUGAUUUUUUCCCAUAGGAAUGCAUGGGUUAGGGUUAGGGUUAGGGUUGGAGCUAGGGUUAGGGUUAGGGUUAGGGUUGGAGUUAGGGUUAGUGUUGGAGCUAGGGUUAGGGUUGGGCUUGGAGCUAGGACUUUUCUGAGUGCAAUGAACCAACUCCCGAGUCUCUAGGACGUUCCCUAAAAAAAUUUGAUUUUUUCCCAUAGGAAUGCAUGGGUUAGGGUUAGGGUUAGGGUUGGAGCUAGGGUUAGGGUUAGGGUUAGGGUUGGAGUUAGGGUUAGUGUUGGAGCUAGGGUUAGGGUUGGGCUUGGAGCUAGGAUUUUUCUGAGUGCACUGAACCAACUCCCGAGUCUCUAGGACAUUCCUAAAAAAAUUUGAUUUUUUCCCAUAGGAAUGCAUGGGUUAGGGUUAUUUAGGGUUAGGGUUGGAGCUAGGGUUAGGGUUAGGGUUAGGGUUGGAGUUAGGGUUAGUGUUGGAGCUAGGGUUAGGGUUGGGCUUGGAGCUAGGAUUUUCUGAGUGCAAUGAACCAACUCCAGUCUCUAGGACGUUCCCUAAAAAAAAUUGAUUUUUUCCCAUAGGAAUGCAUGGGUUAGGGUUAGGGUUAGGGUUGGAGCUAGGGUUAGGGUUAGGGUUAGGGUUGGAGUUAGGGUUAGUGUUGGAGCUAGGGUUAGGGUUGGGCUUGGAGCUAGGAUUUUUCUGAGUGCACUGAACCAACUCCCGAGUCUCUAGGACAUUCCUAAAAAAAUUUGAUUUUUUCCCAUAGGAAUGCAUGGGUUAGGGUUAUGGUUAGGGUUAGGGUUGGAGCUAGGGUUAGGGUUAGGGUUAGGGUUGGAGUUAGGGUUAGUGUUGGAGCUAGGGUUAGGGUUGGGCUUGGAGCUAGGAUUUUUCUGAGUGCACUGAACCAACUCCCGAGUCUCUAGGACAUUCCUAAAAAAAUUUGAUUUUUUUCCCAUAGGAAUGCAUGGGUUAGGGUUAGGGUUAGGGUUAGGGUUGGAGCUAGGGUUAGGGUUAGGGUUAGGGUUGGAGUUAGGGUUAGUGUUGGAGCUAGGGUUAGGGUUGGGCUUGGAGCUAGGACUUUUCUGAGUGCAAUGAACCAACUCCCGAGUCUCUAGGACGUUCCCUAAAAAAAUUUGAUUUUUUCCCAUAGGAAUGCAUGGGUUAGGGUUAGGGUUAGGGUUGGAGCUAGGGUUAGGGUUAGGGUUAGGGUUGGAGUUAGGGUUAGUGUUGGAGCUAGGGUUAGGGUUGGGCUUGGAGCUAGGAUUUUUCUGAGUGCACUGAACCAACUCCCGAGUCUCUAGGACAUUCCUAAAAAAAUUUGAUUUUUUCCCAUAGGAAUGCAUGGGUUAGGGUUAGGUUAGGGUUAGGGUUGGAGCUAGGGUUAGGGUUAGGGUUAGGGUUGGAGUUAGGGUUAGUGUUGGAGCUAGGGUUAGGGUUGGGCUUGGAGCUAGGAUUUUUCUGAGUGCACUGAACCAACUCCCGAGUCUCUAGGACAUUCCUAAAAAAAAUUGAUUUUUUCCCAUAGGAAUGCAUGGGUUAGGGUUAGGGUUAGGGUUGGAGCUAGGGUUAGGGUUAGGGUUAGGGUUGGAGUUAGGGUUAGUGUUGGAGCUAGGGUUAGGGUUGGGCUUGGAGCUAGGAUUUUUCUGAGUGCACUGAACCAACUCC